AAAACCAACGUUCAUUUCUACCAAGUAGAGGACUGGGGGUCUGUGUCCCUAUUGCUUCUUCACCAGGGGCCCUAGAGAACCAAUGGGGCGGGGGAAGAAGAAAAUGGUUCUUAACUCAUUAGGUAAGAGGGAAUUCCUAAUGUGAUCAAAGUGGAUGGGGCUGUCUGCUUUUGACUUCCGAAACCUAGAAUGGCCAUUCCGUCUCAUUUGUUUUAAACAGAAUCUUAUUUUCUAUACUUUCUCGGAGGUUUUAUCAGCAACACUGGUGGUCCAGUGACCUUCUGGAGCUGGUUUUCCUGCCUAAGGGCAGCCAGGCUAGAGCUGCUUUAUUUGGGGUAGGGGGAAUUGGAUGUUUGGGCCACAUUUUCUUCCUCCAGCCUGGCCUAGUUGCCUGUGUCUUGGUGGAGGGGGCUGCAGUGAGUUCAAGUGGGGACCGAGGCUCAUUUGUGUGUCUUCUCCUGAGAGCUGAUACCUGGGUGAAUCCUCAGCCCAUGAUGUGUGUGGUCAGCGGGCCAUUUGUUCAGGGCUUGGGUCGUUUCCAUUCCAACCGGGCAUUUCCUACCAGGAGACUUACAGAAGACUUAUUUUAGGCUCUCUGUCUGGAGACAAGGAGACGGACAAGGUCUGGAAUGGUUUUCGAGUUGGAGGAAGGGCAACUAAUGGGACCACCAGAGAUUUUGCACUUGUAUUUUAGUUUGCCUUGUGGCCCAGAGAUAUUUCUAGCAGAGCUGAGUUUGGAAAGAAGCACAACUUCUUUCUAGAAGGGAGUAAAUAAGUAAAUAAAAGGAGUCCAGCACAUCUUGGAGGAGACAGGGGAAGGCUCCCUGGCCCACCAGUGCUGCUUGGCACUGGCUUCUCAUACGGCUUGCUCACCCUUCCCAUGCCCAGGGCAGGGACUCAUGGUCUUGAAUUAAGGGAUCUGUGAAUUGGCUGGGUCUGGUGUUAAUGGUGGUUGAUCUCAGCCCUUUGACUUCAAAGCUGGAAAAGGGCCUUAGAGAUUCUCUGAAAGCAACUGAGGUACCCAGUAAGGGGCAGAACCAGCACUCAAAUCUGAGCUUUCAGUGUGUUCCCAGUGCCAUUUCUACAAGGCCACUGUCCCUGCUACUGCUGGGGAUCCCAAAUCAAGCUCACUUCAGAGAAUGUAGCGAUGAGAGCGUGAAACCCACGGGCUCACACCACACACAUGAGACCGGUUUAAUGGGGCGCCUUAUUUUCCAGAUGUGUUGUUACACAAACUGUGCUGGAGGAUGUGACUGGCCAGUGAGAUAACUAGGGGGAACUGGGUGAUUCAGGCGGUUUCAACACUGACUUCUUCAAAGUCCAACAGUCAGAGGAGCAGUGUAGUCAUCGGGAUUUUUUCACAUUGCGCCAUUUUUUGAUCUGGAAUGCUUUCUUCACACUUUGACUCGUGUGUGAUUUAUUUAGGAUUGGUCAGGAGAGAAGUGAAGGAAUGUAAAGGCCCGAGGCCUGAACUGAUCUUCAUCCAUGGGUUAAAUGUACUAGAAUGUGUCUGGGCGCAGUGGCUCAUGCCUGUAAUCCCAGUACUUUGGGAGGCAGAGGCAGGUGGAUCACGAGAUCAAGAGAUGGAGACCAUUCUGGCCAACAUGGUGAAACCCCCUCUCUACUAAAAACGGCAGGCACCUGUAGUCCCAGCUGCUCAGGAGGCUGAGUCAGGAGAAUCACUUGAACCCAAAAAGUGGAGGUUGCAGUGAGCCAAGAUUGUGCCACUAUAUUCUGGUCUGGCUACAGAGCGAGACUCCAUCUUAAAAAAAAUAAAGUACUAGAACGUUUGUGAGGGUAGACGUCUUUGUUCAUUGCUGAGCCUCUGUGCCUAGAGCAGGUUCUGAUUCUAGUGGGCCCUCACUAGAUACUUGCUGAAUUUACUGGGCAUUAGGAAAAGGGUUUGCCUCCCAGAAGGAACCCAUGAAUGACACAGGCAGGGACAGGAGGUGAUUGAUGGGAGCUGCAGAGUUGUGCUGUGAGUCAUUGCUUCAAACAAGCUCCAGACAGGUGAGGCAGGAGGGGGCUGGGAAGAGAGGAUCCUGAAUGGGGCGGAGCCCCUGGGUGGAGACUCGUGCACAACAAUAGGUUUGAAUUGGACUCAGGAUAUAGGGAGAAUAAUAAUCGUGGUGUAUCCUGGAGCAGAAUGACGCUGCGUGCUUUGUCUGUUUGUCUCUCUUAGUCCUCGCAGAUGCUGGCUCCUGCAUGCUUAUUCUCAUUUAGCAGUUAAAUAACUCAUCCAAGGGCACAGAGCUGGUAUCCAAACCCAGGCUGUCUGACUUCAGACUUUGCCUCCCAGAAACGACGAGGUGGUCAGAUAUCUCUGCCAGUGCCAAAGAGCUGGGCAUUCAGCACUUUGGGGUUCCUCAAAAGGACAGCAGCAGAAAAAGUGAAGAAGGCAUUGUGGGUCUGCAGCAGAGGGAGGCUGGUCAGGGAGUGUGCCUGAAGAGGGCUUGUGAGACCUAUCAGGGAAUGCUUAUUUUCGGGGCCUAACUAUUCCCCACGCAGAGUGGCUGUUGUGAGAUCAGGGCUAUUUUGCACUUGAUGAAGAUGCAGGGGAUCUUUAAUGGGCAAAGAUUGCUUAAAGUUUAGUUGGCAUAUAUUUGAAACUGGUGGGAAUUUUAAAGCUAAGAAAUGUCAUUGUCGGCCUUGAUACCACCGGAGUCUUGUUUCCCACAUGUGUAAAGCUUACCUGCCUACUCCAGGAUGCUGGCCCAGCCUGUUCCAGACCACAGCAGCCCCUCAUUGGCAGUCUGUGAUGUGCUAGACACCGUGCAGGUCCCCUCCUCGUGAAGCUUGCAGUCUCCCUGGGAGGCAGGCAUUAAACUAAUAAUUAUACAAAUACUCUUUAAUUACAGUUGUUAUGAAUGGUUCAAAGGAAUAAGUACAGAGACAUUGAAGCCAGUAAUCAUUGAGAGGGGGCAGGGAGGCUUUCCUGAAAAAGGGCAUUUAAAUAGCCACCCGCAGUGUGGAUGAAGAGGCUUUAACCAGGGUGGUACAGUUCAUUAACCUUGAUGUGAACCUCGAGACUCCAUGUGCAGUCCAUGGACCAGCAUCCGUGUUACCUGGUAGUGAGUGAGAAAUGCGGAACCCCGGGCUCCUCAGCAAAUCUGCUGGAUCUGCUGUUUAAUUCACACGCAUGGUCAUGUCUGCGGACCACUUUGGGACUCAAAAGUACUGAGCUGGGAGGUUCUCAGCUUUGCUGGGAGCGGUUGGGUGACCCUGGGAAAGUCACUUCUCGAGCAAGUGAGGAGGGCAUUAGGUAAUCUCCUUAUUUCUCUGGCUUCUCUGAUCUUUGGCCUUUUCCAGUUUGUGCCAUCGCCCCGCUGUGGAGGGUGAGGAGCUGGGCUGGUGCAGCAGCCCAGCCUGUGUGGCCAUUGGUGGAAACCCAGCAGGCACUCGUCCAUGCUCUGAUCUCAUUUCCCUAAGCCCAGAAGAUGGGCUGGACCAUCAGAGCCUUUGAUAAGGAUCGGAACAAUUCCCUAAAAGAUUGUCUUAAGGUGACCCUGGGAGGAUUUGGCCUGAAGCAAAAGAAAAACUGGCAAGGGUCAAAAGGGCCUUGGGGAAGAAAGGUGUAGUGUUUCUUCCAAAAGCGGAACCUAAAACGAGGAGAGAGAGGCACCCGCUCAGUAGCUCCACGAGUGGGAACAUAAUGCUUAAAGAAUUGCCGCGGAAUUUUAGCCCUGAGAUCUUCAUGUCACUGUAGAGAAGAACAGAGGGUUGAAAUCAGGGGUCCUGGACUCUUGCAGUGUGUGGGUGGGCUUUGAGGGUCAGGGGUACUGGAAACUGUGCAGAAGGUUACAAUAUGCACUUUUCUGGGAAGAGGACCCAUAGCUUUCACUGGCCUCAAGGGAGGCUGCAGCUCCAAUAAUUAGUCAAAUGUCUUUCUUGACUAACCUUACUCAGCUCUUUUGUUAUAUGGCACAUACAAUAUGCCAGGCAUGAUUGUAAGCACUUUACACCUACUAUUAGCUCGUUUAGGUGGAAUACCUUUCCAGAGGUCACAGGUCUGGUAAGCCUCAGAGCCAAGAUUAGAAUGCAGGCACUGCGGCACCAGAGUCAAAGCCUACCCUAGUAACAGGGCAAGCAGGACGAGGGGCUAGUUCUUUUUGGUAGCACAGAUGGAGAGGCUCACCCCUACCCCCACUUUACAGGUAAGCAUGUCCCGAUAGUUCAUGUAAAACACAGAAAGGAUUUUCCCAAGGAAGCACGCUGUGAGUAGCUCCGGGUGGCCAGGCUAGCCCGAGAAAGCCUCUAUCACUUUGGGGCCCAACACAUGCUUGUUAGCAAAGAAAAUAAUGAGAAAACAAGACUGCUGCAUCACUAAAGGCUACAUUAAAAAUUCUAGAAUUGGAAAGAAGGCACUUGAAGAAUUGCACCCUUAAAUCAGGGAGGUAAGGUGGCAGCAGGAAGUUGGGGUGGAUUCUGAAAAGGAGGGAUUAAAGGACAUCAGAGCCAAAGCACUGCCAAAUAUAUGUCGAAUCAGUACCUUCAAAAGAUAAAAUAGCUGGUUUUUAUUACUACUCAUUAAUGUGUGUAGCUCACAGACCUGACCCUUCCCCCAUUCCUAGUGCCUACACUAAGUACAGAGGCCUUUUGUCUUUUCUGUCAUUCAUUCUCUGUGUUACUUGAAUUGUUAUCCAGUAUGUAUUAUCUUUUAUAUAUAUAUACAUAAAUAUAUAUAGGGGUGUGUGUGUGUGUGUGUAUGUAUGUGUGUGUUUGUAAGUGAAGUAAAAGAACAUUAGAAGUGGGUUGGAGGCCAGGCACAGUGGCUCACUCCUGUAGUCACAGGCAUUAUUACAGAGAUGGGAUGGGGUUGUCCUUUGGGAGGCCCAGGCAGAAGGAUUGCUUGAGCCCAGGAGUUUAAGACCAGCCUAGGCAACAUAGUGAGACCCUGUCUCUCCAAAAACUUUUUAAAAUCAGCCGGUGGCACGUGUAAGCUGUAGUCCCAGCUACUUGGGAGACUGAGUUGGAUCCCUUGAACCCAGGAGGUUGAGGGUGCAGUGAGCUGUGAUCACGUCAUUGUACUCCAGCCUGAAAACCCUGUCUCAAAAAAAAGUGGGUUGGCCUCUUUCACAAUCACCAAUGUAAAGGAGUUUCUGAUAUCAAAUAUAUGUGAUCUAUUGUGUGUUUAUUUCUGGGAGUACUAAGAGAAGUGUUGGAAAUGUGAGGAUUUUUAGUGUAGUCAGAGGCUGAGAAUAAGUGAUCACAUUGUGACCCAACUAUCUUCCCUUUUCUUACUUCCCUGCCCCCAGCAAAUUGUAUACAUGGAAUCAAAAUGAACUACAGAAAGCAGGAAUGUCCACCCUCCACAUUUGAAUGGGAAACUCUAACUUUUGUGAUGACUCUUGGUUAUGUGUGGUUUUAUCUUCGGUGUGGUACCUGGAAUGCCAUCUGGGACCCCAUCCCAUUCUGGGUGGGAUGGGACAGCAAGGAUACACAUUUCCAGACUGGGAAGGCAGUCCUGCAUGUGUUUGGUAAAAGACGAUGGCCAAACUUGGAGCACGUCGGAAUGUCCUUACAAGGACCAAGUCCAAGCUGGCCCUUGAGACCCAUCAGGUUCCCUCUGGAAGCUGGUGGGGCUGGUCCUCGAGCCGUGCGCUCACAAGCCAUCACUUCCCAUCAUGACUCCAUUCUCUAGCUAUAAAAUCACAACACAGUUCAUAGACUUGCCGUUACCCAGAAGCAGGUCACCUCUGAAAUUCAGAACACUUCCUGUCCUCCCACUACACGGCACUCGUUGAAGCAGCCCUGCCCUCCCCUGCCCCAGCCUGGGAAAUCUGUACCCACUCCCUUGGUCCAUUCCCCAUGUGCCUACUAUCAACCCCACUACUUAUUCCUUUGCGUCCUGCCCUGGCUCCUUCCCUGUGUCUGGGUACCCCACAUCCUCCUAUGCCUUAAUCCUUCACCUCAUCUACAGUCACACAUCUCUCCCCCCCACCCCCUACCCAUGUCACUUCUCUUUAUCCUAGGAUUUCACAAAGAAGAGUCCACUCUGGCCCCACUUGCUCUCUCCCCCUCUCCCCCUGGCCAGCUCAGCAACAGUGGAGAGUUUCACUCCAGCCCACUCUCACUCCAGCUGGCUCUCCUAGAGGUAGGUCCCUGGCCACCUAAUCACACCCGGUGGCCCGUCUUAUAAGGCAUUCUCUUACCUGGCUUAUGUACAGCAGUUAUUGUCAUGAAUAGUCUUCUCCACCUUGGGUCUCAUCACUCUGGGUCCUUUUCCUACCUCUCAUUUGCUUUUUGUGCCAUUCUUUCUUUUUGCUAUGCUUGGGUGCCUUGGCCACAGUUCUUUGCUACUUGCUUACCUCCCAUGACUGUGGUUUCAGCCUGCAUAGGCCUCAUGGCCUAUGAUCCCUGUCCUCACGUCUCCUAGACAGCCUAGAGCUGGAUUUCCUUUUGCUUUUAAUCUAGUGUGAUAUCUGUGCUCUUUUAACUGGAGAGUUCGGGCCAUUUGCAUUUGUUAUGAUUUUGGAAAUAGAUUUUUUUUUUGUGACGGAGUUUCGCUCUUGUUACCCAGGCUGGAGUGCAAUGGUGCGAUCUCAGCUCACUACAACCUCCACCUCCUGGGUUCAGGCAGUUCUCCUGCCUCAGCCUCCUGAGUAGCUGGGAUUACAGGCACAUGCCACCAUGCCCAGCUAAUUUUUUGUAUUUUCAGUAGAGACGGGGUUUCACCAUGUUGACCAGGAUGGUCUCUAUUUCUUGACCUCUUGAUCCACCCGCCUCGGCCUCCCAAAGUGCUGGGAUUACAGGCAUGAGCCACCGUGCCUGGCCUCGAAUUUUCUUUCUUUUUUUUUUUUUUGAGACGAAAUCUCACUUUAUCGCCCAGGCUGGAUUGCAGUGGCUCGAUCUCAGCUCACUGCAACCUCUGCCGCCUGAGUUCAAGCAAUUCUCCUGCCUCAGCCUCCCAAGUAGCUGGAAUUACAGGCGCCUGCCACCGUGCCCAGCUAAUUUUUGUGUUUUUAGUAGAGAUGGGUUUCACCAUCUUGGCCAGGCUAGUCUUGAACUUCAGACCUCAUGAUGUCCUCAACUCGGCCUCCCAUAGUGCUGGGAUUAUAGGCGUGAGCCACUGCAUCCAGCCAGAUUUUUUUUUCUUCUUCUUUUUCUUUUGAGUCAGGGUCUCACUCUGUCACCCAUGCUGGAGUGCAGUGGCACGAUCUCAGCUUACUGCAACCUCCAUCUCCCAGGCUCAAGUGAUCCUCCCACCUCAGCCUCCCAAGUAGCUGGGACCACAGGUGUGUACCACCACAGCUGGCUAAUCAAAAAAAAUUUUUUUUAUGUAGAGAUGGGCUUUUGCCAUGUUGCCCAGGCUGGCCCUGAACUCGUGAGCUCAGGCUAUCCGUUCGCCUCAGCCUCCCAAAGUGCUGGGAUUACAGUGUGAACCAAUGUGCCUGGCCAAAACAGGAUGCAGGUUUCUUUCUACCAUCUUAUUUGGUGUUUCCUGUGUGUUCUUUUUCUGAUUGUUCUGGUCAUUCUUUCUUUUGAAUUGAUUGAAAGUUUUUUUUCUUUCCUUCCUCCAUUUUUUCUCUACAGCUGUGAAACUUUAUAUAUUUUAUUUAUUUAUUUAUGUAUUUUUUGAGAUGGAGUCUUGCACUGUCACCCACGCUGGAGUGCAAUGGCGUGCUCUUGGCUCACCGCAACCUCUGCCUCCCGGGUUCAAGCAAUUCUCCUGCCUCAGCCUCCCAAGUAACUGGGAUUACAGGUGGGCACCACCAUGCCAGGCUAAUUUUUGUAUUUUUAAGUAGAGACUGGGUUUCAUCAUGUUGAUCAGGCUGGUCUCGAACCUGACCUCGUGAUCCGCCCUCCUCAGCCUCCCAAAGUCCUGGGAUUACAGGUGUGAGCCACCACACCUGGCUUAUAUAUUCUAUUUAAAAAAAAAAAUUUUUUUUUUUUACCUUUUUUAUUUUUAGAGACUGUAACCUUGCUUACUGGGCUCAAGUAAUUCUCCCGCUCAGGCUCCUGAAUAGUUGGUCUUGAAUUUGAACUUCUGUUUGUUUUGUUUUUUUCUUUUUUUGAGACAGUCUUACUCUGUCACCCAGGCUGGAGUGCAAUAGCGCAAGCUCUGCACUCACAAGUUCAAGUGAUUCUCCUGCCUCAGCCUCCCGAUUAGCUGGAAUUACAGGUGUGCGCCACUAUGCCUGGCUAAUCUUUGUAUUUUUAGUAGAGACAGAUUUUCGCCAUGUUGCCCAGGCUGGUCUUGAACUCAUGACCUCAGGUGCUCUACCCACUUUGGCCUCUCAAAGUGCUGGGAUUACACCCAUGAGCCAGUGCGCCCGGCCUAGCCUCCUGAGUAGUUGGUACUAUAGGCAUGCAACCACCACUCCUGGCUGUUUUAUUUAUUUUUUAUUUUUAUUUAUUUAUUUUUGAGACGGAGUUUCGCUCUUGUGACCCAGGCUGGAGUGCAAUGGCGCAAUCUCGGCUCACCGCAACCUCCGCCUCCUGGGUUCAGGCAAUUCUCCUACCUCAGCCUCCCGAGUAGCUGGGAGUACAGGCACGCGCCACCAUGCCCAGCUAAUUUUUUGUAUUUUUAGUAGAGAUGGGGUCUCACCAUGUUGACCAAGAUGGUCUCGAUCUCUUGACCUCAUGAUCCACCUGCCUCGGCCUCCCAAAUUGCUGGGAUUACAGGCUUGAGCCACCCCGCCAGGCCGGUUGUUUUAUUUUUGUAGAGGUGGGGUUUGGGUAUGUUGCCUAGGCUGGUGUCGAACUCCUGGCUUCAAGCUAUGCUCCUGCCUCGGCCUCCCACAGUGCUGGGAUUACAGGUGUGAGCCACCGUGCCUGGCCUGAAAUUGAUAAACUCUAUUUCUAUUCUUUUGAUGUACACAGACUGUAUAAUGUUCACUUGGUCUCUCUAUAUAUUUUUUCAUACAAUGUAAGGACCUUGGAAUGCUUUAUAUAAAAGUCACCACUGUCCCUGCCCACAUUCAGUUGUCAUACAGUGGUUUAUGUUUCUCUCUUUAAUCCCACAAAUUGGGCUCUAAUUUUAAUGUUAUAUACACUUAAUCCUUUGUUUUUAUUUUCCACAUAUUUACCAUUUACUCACACUUUUCCUUUCAUCUCACAUCUUCUUUCUGGGAUCAGAACAUCAUGUGGUGAAAGACUUUUAGUCAUAAACUCAGUUUCUGUUUGGCUGAAAUUUUAUUUCAUCCUUAUUCCUUUUUUGUCUUCUUCAUCUUUUUUUUAGCCUAGAAUAUAUAUAAUAAUGGCUUCAUUCUUCCUCUUAAAAGAUAGUUUUGCUAGGUGUAAAACAGUCUGACCAUUAUUUUGUUGGUGUUUAUGAGUAUUAUUCCACUGUCUUCAGGCUUUCAUUGUUGAUAUUUUUUUUUUUUUUUUGAGACGGAGUUUCGCUGUUGUUACCCAGACUGGAGUGCAAUGGCACAAUCUUGGCUCACCGCAACCUCCACCUUCUGGAUUCAAGCAAUUCUCCUGCCUCACCCUCCUGAGUAGCUGGGAUUACAGGCACACGCCACCAUGCCCAGCGAAUUUUUGUAUUUUUAGUAGAGACGGGGUUUCACCAUGUUGACCAGGAUGGUCUCGAUCUCUUGACCUUGUGAUCUACCCGCCUCAGCCUCCCAAAGUGCUGGGAUUAUAGGCGUGAGCCACUGCGCCUGGCCUCAUUGUUGAUAUUUUUAAGAAGUUGGGGGCCAGGUGCGGUGGCUCAUGCCUGUAUUCCUAGCACUUUGGGAGGCCAAGGUGGACAGAUCACAAGGUCAAGAGAUUGAGACCAUCCUGGCCAACAUGAUGGAACCCUACCUCUACUAAAAAUACAAAAAUUAGCUGGGUGUGGUGGCAUGCACCUGUAGUCCCAGCUACUCGGGAGGCUAAGGCAGGAGAAUCACUUCAACCCAGGAAGUGGAGGUUGCAGUGAGCCGAGAUCCCGCCACUGCACUCCAGCCUAGCAACAAAGCAAGGCUCCAGCUCAAAAAAAAAAAAGUUGGUAGCCCAAAUUGUGCCCUUAAGUAAAUUCUUCUCUUUGGUUGUUUUAUAUGUGUAUUUGUAUGCUUAUGUUUUGUGCUGUGCAAUCCACUGUAAUGUACCAAGGAGUGGAUUUUAUUUUAGAUUCACUGGGCAUCCUGAAGGCAAGGAUUGUUGUCUAUCAUCAGUUUUUUUUUGGGACAAAGCCUCCCUAUUACCCAGGCUGGAGUUUAGUGGCACAAUCUCAGCUAACUGCAACCUCCAACUCCCGGGUUCAAGUGAUUCUCCCACCUCAGCCUCGCGAGUAACUGAGACUACAGGGGUGCACCACCAUGCCGGCUAAAUUUUUUGUCUUUUUAAUAGAAACUGGGUUUCACCAUGUUGGCCAGGGUGAUCUUGAACUCCUGACCUCAGGUGAUCCACCUGCCUUGGCCUCCUAAAGUGCUGGGAUUACAGGCGUGAGCCACCAUGCCCCACCUGUCAUCAGUUUUAAAACGCUUUUUUUUGUGUGUGUGAGACAGAGUCUUGCUCUGUCUCCAGGCGCCAGACUGGAGUGCAGUGGCACAAUCUCAGCUCACUGCAACCUCCCACUCCUGGGUUCAAGCAAUUCUCCUGCCUCAGCCUCCCGAGUAGCGGAGACUGCAGAUGCGCACCACCACACCCAGCUGAUUUUUGUAUUUUUUUAGUAGAGACAGGGCUUCACCAUGUUGGCCAGGAUGGUCUCGAUCUCUUGACCUUGUGAUCCACCCGCCUCAGCCUUCCAAAGUGCUGGGAUUACAGGCAUGAUCCACUGCACCCGGCCUCAGUUCUAAAACAUUUUUAGCCAUUAUAUCGUUGCAUAUUGUUUCUUCAUCAUUAUCUUGUUCUAGUUUCUCCUUUGGGAACUCCAGUUAAUUGUAUACUAGCUUUUGUUUUAUAUUCUUUGUUAUUUCUUUAUUCUUUGUGUUUCUUAACUUUUUCCUUUUUAAUAUUUUUUUUUUAUUCUGGAUGUUUUCAGGGUGUUUUUUUUCCCCACAAACAGAGCAAUGAAGGAGUAAUUUCUUAUUAAAUUUUUAGUUCACUAAUUCUCUCUAUAUUUAUCUCUAAUCUGUUUAGCUCUUCACUGAGGUAUUUUUAAUAUCAAUAUUAACUCAUGGGUUUAAUAUAUCUAACGUGUUUUACUCCAUUGCAAUUGUUAUUUUUGAUGCUCAUCUAUUGAAUUUUUAAUGGGACUGAUUAUAUUUUUUUAUUUCUGGGUUUCUAUUUUAUUCUUUUUCAAAUAUGCUCACCUCUUAAAAAAAUCUCUCGUAUUUUUUAAUUCCUCAUUUUAUUUCUUUAAUCAUAUUAAAUAUGUUUAUUUUGUAUAUGAUAUCCAAUAAAUCUAGUAUCUGAAGUAUUUGCAAUUAUAGUUGUAUUGGUUGAUGCUUCUGCUGACUUCCAUUCAUGAGGGCCUGCUUCGUUAGGUGUUCCGUGAUUUUUAUUAUGUAUUUAUUUAAUUAAUUAUUUAUUUGAGAUGGAGUUUCAUUCUUGUUGCCCAGACUGGAGUACAGUGGCAUAAUCUCAGCUCACUGCAACUUCUGCCUCCCAGGUUGAGGUGAUUCUCCUGGCUCAGCCUCCUGAGUAGCUGAGAUUACAGGCACCCACCACCACGCCUGGCUGAUUUUUGUAUUUUUUAAUAGAGAUGGGGUUUUGCCAUGUUGGUCAGGCUGGUUUCAAACUCCUGAACUCAAGUGAUCUCCCCACCUUGCCUCCCUUGGCUUGCUGGGAUUACAGUCGUGAGCCACCAUGUACAGCCAGGUGUUCUGUGAAUUUUGAUUGCAAGCUUAUGUUUGUUAGCAUUCUAUCUGUGAGAAUUCUUUAAGGUAUAGGAUGAGAGUACCUUCUUCCAGGGAGGAUGUGUGUUUCCUUCUGCUGGAUACCUGAAGGCCCUACAGAUGGAUUCAUUUCUCUUUAAUUCUUAGCUUGCAGUUUUAGUAACCAGAACCUAAACCCACAUGAGAGCCUACCAAUGACCACAGAUUCUCAGAGGAACCUUUUUUUUAAACUCUACCCACAGCUAACACUAAGAUUACUUCCUUCCUGACUAUAUACCACCAGGUGCUCUCCUUUACGCCAUUGUCACUUUAUUGCCAAAUGCCUUCUCUCAAUUUUUGGUCAAAGUCCUAAUCAUUUCAGGCCCAAUUAAAAACUCGGUAUCUCCUGAGCCUUCCCCACACCAUUCGUUGCAAAAUUAACUGUUCUCUCCACAUUCACAGGCUACUGUUACCUUACCUAUUAGUCUGUGAGUAUAUGCGUUCACAGACUCACACUGGACUCAGAGCUUUUUCAAAGCACAGAGCUGUAUCAUUUAUUUCUGGAGCCCCAGUCCCUGGCUCACUGUUGGGCAGAGUAGUUGUUUAAUAGAUAUUUAUUGAUCAAAGAGGAUUUAUGGCAAAACCAGUACUUCUUUUCUUUUUGAAUAGCAAUAAAAAAAACCAUAAGCACUAACCUGCCCCGUGGUAUUGGACAAAGCCAGUUCACCUCUUUGGAUCUCAGUGUCCUCAGCUGUGAAAUGAAAGGAUAUUCUGAGGUCUUGACGUGUUCUAAGACACUGAGAUCCAAUGCAGCUGUGUGGCUGUCAGUCAGGAUACUGUGGAUCCACUCUUGCCUCACAAAGGGAAUGGAGGGAUGGGAGGGCUGUGGUGAGAAAGAGCAUAAUUCUGAGGUAACUGGGCAUGAGUUGGAAGAGAGGAAGAAGGGACUUCAGGGUGGGUUAAUAUAAAAUAAAGAUGGGAGAGCCAGGCAUGAUGGUAUGUGCCUGUAAUCCCAGCUACUCUGGAGGCUAAGGUGGGAGGAUCACUUGUACCCAGGAGUUUGAAUCCAGUCUGGGAAACAUAGUGAGACCCUGUCUCUUAAAAAAAAAAAAUGACAGUAAAAAAAUGAUGACUUGAUUUAACUAGAUGGCUAUAUCUAAAAAAUGAACACAUUAAAACAAAAUAAAUUUUAGUUGGAGAAAGUACUUUCUAAGUAUGACGUAAAACCCAGGAGCCAUAGGAAAAGUUGAUAUAUUUGACCCUAUGCAAGCAAAGAAUUUCUUCAUGGCAGAAUCCAUUAUAAAAUCAAAGGAGUCUCGCAGUUCUCAAAACUGGGAAAACAUUUUUUCAACAUACAUCAUAGAGCUCAUUUCCUUAAUAUCUAAAGAGUUCCUACAAAUCAAUAAGAAAAAGACCAUCAACCCAAUUUUUAUUUAUUUAUUUAUUUAUCUAUAUAUUUAAUCAAAGGAUAUUUCAGUGCUGCCAUCAACCCAAUUUUUAAAGCAGGCUAAAAACACAGACAGUUCACGGUUUUGAACUAUAUGAGAAUGCGUUGAGCCCAUUAGCCAUAAGAGAAACACAGGUUUACUGUGGAGAUGUGACAGUGGGGACCAGAUACUCUCAUAGUUGUUGAUAGAAGUGUAAAAUCAGUACAACUUUUAUGGAGGGAAUUUUGACAAUAUUUAUUAAAAUUAAAAGUGCAUGAGCAAUUCCACUUUUGGAAAUUUCUCUUACAGAUAAAUUGUACAUGUGUGAAAUGAUGUAUUUUUUUUUUCUUUUUUUUUUUCGAGAUGGAGUCUCACUCUAUCACACAGGCUGGUAUGAACCUCUGCCUCCCAGGUUCAGGCGAUUCUCCCAACUCAGUCUCCUGAGUUGGAAGACUUCAGGCACACACCACCAUGCCCAGAUAAUUUUUGUAUUUUUAGUAGAGACGGGGUUUCACAAUAUUGGCCAGGCUGGUCUUGAACUCCUGAUCUUGUGAUCUGCCUGCCUUGGCCUCUCAAAGUGCUAGGUUUACAGGCAUGAGCCACCACACCUGGCCACAUUUUUCAAGGUAGUUAAUUGCCUCAUUGCUUGUAAAAGGAAAAGAAAAAGGAAACUACCAAAAUAUCCAUCAGUAGAGAACUGGUAAAUAAGUUAUCCUGCCACCAUACUACGCAGUUUUUUUUUUUUUUUUUUGAGAUGAGGUAUUGCUCUGUCAUCCAGGCUGGAGUGCAGUGGCACAGUCACAGCUCGCUGCAGCCUCAGCCUCCCAGGCUUAAGCGAUCCUCCCACUGCAGCCUCCCGAGUAGCUGGGAACACAGGCGCAUGCCACCACACCCAGCUAAUUAAUUUUUUGUAAAGAUGAGGUCUCAUUAUAUUGCCCAGGCUGGUUUUGAACUGCUGAACUCAAGCAAUCCUCCUGCCUCAGCGUCCCAAAGUGUUGUGAUUACAGGUGUUAGCCACCGAGCCCAACGCCAUAUGAUGCAAUUCUGUGCAGCUGUAAGAAAGAACGGAUGCUUCCUAUGUACCAAUGCACACUGUAUACCAGCUAAGAUAUCUUAGGUGAGAAAGUGAGGGAUAGAGUACCUGGUUAUGCAGUAGCUCUGCAAAGUUACCUAGGAGGCUGGUAACAGUGGUUUCCCACAGUGGGGGCAGACUUUUCACUGUGUAUCUUUCUCUGUAUUUUGAAUCUUGUUCCUUGUGCACAUACUACCUAAUAAAUGGUUUUUUUUUUUUUUUGAGAUGGAGUUUUGCUCUUAUUACCCAGUCUGGAGUGCAAUGGCACGAUCUCAGCUCACCGCAACCUCCACCUCCUGGCUUCAGGCAAUUCUCCUGCCUCAGCCUCCUGAGUAUCUGGGAUUACAGGCACGUGCCACCAUGCCCAGCUGAUUUUUGUAUUUUUAGUAGAGACGGGGUUUCACCAUGUUGACCAGGAUGGUCUUGAUCUCUUGACCUCGUGAUCCACCCGCCUCGGCCUCCCAAAGUGCUGGGAUUACAGGCUUGAGCCACUGCGCCCGGCCUAAUAAAUGUUUUUAAAGGGAAAAAGGAUGGGUAGAAAGAAAGGAGGGUUGGGAGGGAGAAGGCUCACCUUUGCUUUGAAUUUUCACUUAGUCUAUUUCAGUUUUACUCUCCAGAAACUGGUGUGAGGUUAUCAUUUUUAGACCAAGAAUGAAGCUCGGAAGUCUGAAAUUACCUGCCCAAGUUCAUGGAGAGAGUUAGCCUUGGAAGCUGGCCUUGAAUCCAGUCCUGACUCCAGAGCCAUUGGUCUCAUCUCUGUCAGUUUUCUUUUUAAAUUUAUUUUAUUUUUUUGAGACAGAAUCUCUGUCACCCAUGCUAGAGUGCAGUGGUACGAUCAUAGCUCACUGCAGCCUCAAACUCCUGGGCUCAAGUGAUCCUCCUGCCUCAUCCUCAAGCAGCUGGGACUACCAGCAUGUGCCACCAUGCCUGGCUCAUUUUAAAAUUUUUUGCAGAGGUGGGGUCUGUGCUGGUCUCAAACUCCUUCUCAAGUGAUUCUUCCACCUUGGCUUCCAAACUGCUGGGAUUAUAGGCAUGAGCCACUGUGCCUGGCCUCCUCUUUUUUUUAACCAACAUUUCACGGGACAAGGACAAAUGGCCUAGACCCAUCUCUGCCAUGGGAGUGAGUGGAAAGAAACUUCCACUCACGCCUCUGCAGCUGGCUUGUGCCUACAGGGCAAAAGCUCAGCAGUCAGUGGUGAAGGCCAGCCCAGAGCCUGGCCAGCCACUUCAGACACAGCCAGGAGGAGUAGGGAUGGGCAUUGCAGCCCUGCCUUUGAAGUUCCCAGCUUUUAUCAGAACGUCUGAACCUUAGUGUUAUUUCAAGGGAGCUUUUAUUUCUGUCUGUAAACUGGCCUUAGGUAGGUGCCAGCUGCUGCCAGGUGCCAAGGGAGCAUAUCCUGGCUCCUAAGCUGGUCCCUUCACUUUGUUUUAUGGCAGGGAACAUUUUAGGGUAAAGAUACUUGGUACUUGGAAGAUUCUGGGAGGAUAACUUUUAAAAAAUAUUUUCUAUUCAGAAGUGCCAUUGGAUGGCACCUCUUUAAUUAAAAGGAGGAAGAGGUGUGUUUUUACUAUUUGUCUCACAGAACUACCUGUGCUGUUUUUCAAAGUAGGGUAUUGACUGCUUCCUCCUUGCUGAUGAGAAAUGCUGUAUGGAGAACAAAGCUAGAGGCGUUGGCCAUACAUAAUACGAGGCUGUAAUUUAUGGGCUACAGCUCCACCAGGGGAAGAAUUUGAUGUCUUUAAGAGAUACAAAAUCAUCCAGCCCCAGCUGUCCUUGUGUGUGGUGCCAUAUUUAUUUUCUCACUUGGAGUCAUCGUUCUUUUUUUUUUUUUUUUUUUGAGACAGAGUCUCGCUCUGUCUCCCAAGCUGGAAUGCAGCGGUGCUAUCUCGGCUCACUGCAACCUCUGCCUCCCGGGUUCAAGCAAUUCUCCUGCCUUAGCCUCCUGAUUAGCUGGGACUACAGGCAUGUGCCACCACUCCCAGCUAAUUUUUGUAUUUUUAGUAGAGACGGGGUUUCACCAUGUUGACCAGGCUGGUCUUGAAAUCCUGACCUCAGGUGAUCCACCCGCUUCGGUCUCCUGAAGUGCUGGGAUUACAGGCGUGAGUCACCAUGCCCGGCUAGGAGUUAUCACUCUUUAAGAAAGAGGAAGAGUCCUUUCAGGCUGAGGAAUGCUCUCAGAGGUAGGAAGUUUUCAGAAUCUGUGGGCCUGAGCUGGCAUGUCCAAUAUCCUGUCACUGUCCUUGUUGGCAUCUUACAAGGGAUGCAUCUGAAUGACCCACCCUGUCCACUUGUGUUUGGUGCUCGGUGAAGGUGGGAGUGUCUUGAACAGCAGGGUUCUGUCCUCUUGUAAAGUUUGUACUCAGCCAGGCGAAGUGGCUCACCCCUAUAAUCCCAGCACUUUGGGAGGCUUAGGCAGAAGGAUCACGAGGUCAGGAGUUCGAGAACAGCCUGGCCAAUGUGGUGAAACCCUGUCUCUACGAAAAAUAAAAAAAUUAGCUGGGCAUGGUAGUGUGCACCUGUGGUCCCAGCUACUUGGGGGGCUGAGGCAGGAGAAUCGCUUGAACCUGGGAGGCGGAGGUUGCAGUGAACCAAGAUCACAACGCUGUACUCCAGCCUGGGUGACGGAGACUCCGUUAAAAAAAAAAGUUUGUACUCAUCAGCGCCCAGUUGUUUUAAGAAUUUGAGAAUGGAUAGGAGGCACCCAGGAAAUGUUUCCCAGAUGGAUGCAUUUUGUUAUUUGAAAUAGACUCUAAAGCCUUUGGCUUGUGAUCAUAAAGAGACUGGCGACAUUGAGACGCCUCCCCACUGCUCCUCAGGUUUUCCUGGUGCUUGAAUAAUUAAGUCCAUGCCCUGUGGAAACUCCUUCCCUGGGCUCUAGGGCAUCUCUGAGCAAAGGCUUCUCUAAACAGUGUGCUGUGAGUGCUCUGGGUGUCCUCCCCAGUGUUCUGUUCCAUCAUAUCCUUGUGUUCUAUCUCACUAUCCAGAAAAACUUCUGUAUAACAUCAGCUGUGUUCUGUUGCUUCAGUUGCAGAGCUUGUCAGAAUUUCUUUUCCAAAUCCUAUUUGGGGCUUUUCUUUUGUUUUUUUUUGAGAUGGAGUCUCGAUCUUGGAGUACAGUGGUGUGAUCUCGGCUCACUGCACCCUCUGCCUCCUGGCUCAAGCAAUUCUCUUGCCUCAGCCUCCCGAGUAGCUGGGACUACAGGCAUGCACCAUCACACCUGGCUAAUUUUUGUAUUUUCAGUAGAGACCGGGUCACCAUGUUGGCCCGGCUGGUCUCAAACUCCUCAGGUCAUCCGCCCACCUCGGCCUCCCAAGGUACUAGGAUUACAGGUGUGAGCCACUGCGCCUGGCCACUUUUCUUUUGAAACAUAGUUUUAGUCUUUCACUCAGGCUGGAGUACAGUGGCACAAUCUUGGCUCACUGCAACCUCCGCCUCCUGGGUUCAAGAGAUUCUCCUGCCUCAACCUCCCGAGUAGCUGGGAUCACAGGCUUGUAUCACCACACCCAGCUACUUUUUGUAUUUUUAGUAAAGCCAGGGUUUCACCAUGUUGGCCAGGCUGGUCUUGAACUCCUGACCUCAGGCGAUCCACCUGCCUUGGCCUCCCAGAGUGCUCACCCAGCUGGGUUUUUCUACCUUGGUUGUAAAAAUUCAUUUCCUGUCACCACCUAGAUUCACAAAUCUCAGGGUAGAAACUGGCCUUUUUCCCCCUCCUCUUUGAAUUCAUUGUCCCAAACGGCCACUGCCCUUUCCCUAUUUUUUUUUUAAGACAGAGUUUCGCUCUUGUUACCCAGGCUGGAGUGUAAUGGCGCGAUCUCGGCUCACCGCAACCUCCGCCUCCUGGGUUCAGGCAAUUCUCCUGCCUCAGCCUCCUGAGUAGCUGGGAUUACAGGCACACGCCACCAUGCCCAGCUAAUUUUUUGUAUUUUUAGUAGAGAUGGGGUUUCACCAUGUUGACCAGGAUGUUCUCGAUCUCUUGACCUCGUGAUGCACCCGCCUCGGCCUCCCAAAGUGCUGGGAUUAUAGGCGUGAGCCACCGUGCCUGGCCCUGCCCUUUCCCUAAAGCAGGACAGAGGUCACAUCUGCUUUGUCUUUCUGCACGGUGGCCACUGCCUGCCCCUCACCUCCCCUCUCCAGUUACAGUGACUGGAAGGGCCACAGAGGAAAGCCAGGCCCUAGGUCUUCAUGGGCGUUGCUGGAGAAUGUGCCUCCUGGCUGGUGGCUGUCACUCUUCUGUGCUCAGUAGGGCCUUGUGGAGGAGUCUAAUUCCUCUGUCCUGGAAACCACCACUUAGUCCUUGAAAAUAUUCUUAGGUGAUUUUAAGAUGUCUCUCUCUGGUAUUUUUUUUUUUAAUCCAGCUCAGAUUUGAAUGCCCAAGGAAUAAACAGUCUCUUGGAUCUUGUAUCUCUUCUUUUGUUUUUUAGAAAAUAGCUUUUAUUGAUUUUUUUUUUCUUGCUACAAAGAGGUUGAUGAUUUUUGCAGAAAAUUUAGGGACUAUAAAUAGGCAAAAAGAAGAACAUAAAAACUACCUAUAAUUAUUAAUAUUUUAGUAUAUUGUAUAGCUCCCCAGCAUAUUUUUCAGUUUAAAAAUUGAAAUCAUAUUGUUUGUACCAUCUUCUUUCUUUCCUUCCUUCCUUCCUUCCUUCCUUCCUUCCUUCCUUCCUUCCUUCUUUCUUUCUUUCUUUCUUUCUUUCUUUCUUUCUUUCUUUCUUUCUUUCUUUCUUUCUCCUUUUUCUUUCUUCUUUCUGCUUUUACUUUACAACAUGUAAUUACAAUUUCCAUCAGGUUGAGGGGUCCCCGUCAGGUCACUCUAAAGGGUUGGAUAGCCCUUUUGAACAGAUGGACCGUCAUUUGUUUACGCAGUCGCCUACAUUGUUUCCUCUGUCUCUGUCUGUAAAGAAUGCUGUGGUGAACGUCCUUGGGUACUUUUGCCUGCAGACUUGGUGAUUUCCUUGGGAUGUGGCUCCAGAAGAGAAUCACUGUGCCGAGGACACAUUCUAAAGGCUACUGAUCUAGAUGGUCAGUUGCCUCCUAGACACACUGCAUCGUAUUUGGAUUCUGUUGAGCCACAUACUAACUCUUGUUCUUUUAAACACGGUAGUGUGUUUUUCCGACCUCUCUUUCCUAAUGUUUCACUCUGGUCACACAGGUUGCCAAGGAAGGGCCUGAGAGACCCCCAGCACAGCUGACUUGUGAAAGGGAGUCUGCCAUCCUGGUCCCUUGGUUUGCAAUGGGAGCACAAGGGCUGGGCCCAAGGUCCCUGUCUCACCUUCUGUCACCCCAGGCAGCUGCAGGCCUGUGGCCUCCCAGGGAAACCUUCUCUGGUGCCAGUCCUUAGGGUACCUGAGGCAGAGAGCUGGCUUUGAGGAUUCCAGAGUCUGUCAGAGAACGUAGGCUGGUCUUUCUUCCAAGAGAGUGCUCCUAAGCAAACAUCCUGCCCUAAUCCAGAGACCAGCUUAGUGCUUAUGGUCGGGGAGAGGCAGAAGCUGAGGAUUUCCUGUGCAGGCUUCAACCUCUGGCCUGAGACUCCCGGCCAGGAAAGCGCCUCUGCCGACUUUCAGCCCCGGGAAGCCCAGUUCUUCGUCAUCACUUGGUGGGAACAGAAGGAAGUUCGAUGGAAGGACUGAGGAAGUAGCAUUUGCGUGGUCUAAAUCGGACCUUCCUGUUCCAAUCUUGACCGGCUCUUCCUCCUUUGCCUCUCUCUUCCUCCCGCGUGACUACGUUCUUCUAGGGCCUCUGGGGCCCUUCCUGUCUGCGGAGCUUCUUUCUUCCCUUUUCUCUCCUGCCAGCACCUAGGCUGGUGCCCACCUUCAGGACUGGGCACGCCCAGGCACCUCACUGCCCUUUCCCUCCUCCAGCUCUGCUCCCACCCGCCCUACACCCUUCCAUCCAGGCUGGGCUGGCCCAGCUGAGGCCCGAGCUGCCUUCCCCCAAGAGACACAGCAUGCCAGCUGCUGCCCGGAUGGGUUACAAAAAACACAAACACAAACCCCCGCCCCUCGAGAUGAGGGACGUUUUGGUUUAUAUGAACCUGAUGGCUCAUGUGUUGGAAAUGAGAGGCGCAGGUUGGGAGAGGGAGGACGAUGUCCCCUGGGGUGGGCUUUGUUUAAAUUUUAAUAUGCUCUUCCUUUUUCUCAAAGUGCCAGCAACGGCUCCCAGCUCCUUUGUCAUUUUAGCCCCGUUAUCUGUCUGGUGGAUGAAAUCUCUUAUCUGCCCAGUCCUCCCUCUCCUCCUGAAUGGCGGGUUCCCCACCCACCUCCCCCCAACUUGUGACAGUGUUACAGAUCCCGUUCUGCAAACUUAGAUUCAGAUGAAACUGUCACUUUGCUUCUUUAGUUGUUUAAGAUUUGGGGAAAGUGGGGGUCCGUUUGUGAUGGCGUUGGACCUACCAAGGGCAGGAGUAGUGGCCACUUUGGUGUCCUGUGAGAGAGAGGGUGGCACCCCACCCUUAGCAGCCUGGGGAAUGUCAGCCCUAGGGGUGAGGUCUCGGCUCUGGGUUCCUUACAGUGGCAUCAGACCUUUGCUCCAGUGUGCGUUCGAACUUCUGACCCAGCACCUCCUCAGCCUUGGGGAGCUCUCUCAGCUGCGUCCUUUGUCGGAUGGGAACUGCAUUCAUUAGACGCAGAAACACAGAGCUGCUCUUUCCCCUACAAGCAGGCACAGAUUGAAAAGGCCCCCACAGAAGCAGCUCAAAGGCCAGGGGAGGACCUCACCCUCUGGUCACAGGACUCAGGAUUAGAGAAGCGUGGCUUUCAGUCUCGGCUUGCCAUCUCCUAGCCAUGAUGAACACAGCCUCCCCGAGCCUUGGUGUCACAACCUGUGAAAUGGGUUCAUGAACCUACUAUUCAUAGCUGUGCUGUGCGUUUAUAUAUAACCCAUGGUUACUCCGAUUACCUGCAGACCGUGGGGCUGUGAAGUCAGGAGAGAGGCCUGCACCAUCCUGAAUCCUGUUUUCUGGAAAAUCUGCCUCCAUUCAGUUAGCAAGCAUUUCCCAACUACCUACCAUGUGCUAAACUCUGUCAUAUUAAAGUGAUUGGCAUGGUCUGUUUCCCCAGUGAGCCCCAGUCCAAAAGGGAUACUAGUAUUGAAUGUAGACACAAAAGCACAGGAAGUUAGCUCUUUGAAUGUGCUGGGGACAGGGAGCUGUAGGGAAGACUGCUUGGUGGAGGUGGUGUCUAGCUGAGUCCUAGCAGACAAAGGAGGUAUGGGGGGCUGGGUACAGUGGCUCACACCUGUAAUCUCAGCACUUUGGGAGGCCGAGGCAGGUGGAUCACCUGAGGUCAGGAGUCCGCGACCAGUCAGGUGAACGUAGAAAACCUCCGUCUCUACUAAAAAUACAAAAAUUAGCCAGGUAUGGUGGCACAUGCCUGUGAUCCCAUCUACUUGGGAGACUGAGGCAGGAGAAUCUCUUGAAGCUGGGAGGCAGAGGUUGCAGUGAGCCAACAUCAAACUACUCCACUUCAGCCUGGGUGACAGAGCAAGACUCCAUCUCAAAAAAAAAAAACCCAAAAACAAAAAUAAAAAAAUUUUUUAAAUUUAAAAAUUAUUUAAAAAAACCCCCAAAACAAAGGAGGCAUGAGGGACUAAACUGUGCAAAGGCAGCAGGGGACACAUUUGAGGGGUCAGAGAGGGAUUGUGGCUGAGAUGGCAGAAGAUGAGGCUUCAGGUAUAGGUGGGGACCAACUGAGAAUGUGUCAGAAUUGGACUUCAUCCCGGGGCCCAGGAGGCCACCAGUGUGUUCUGAGCAAGAAGCAAUAUGGCGGCUCACUCUGGCAUAGAUCGGGGCACUUGGGGCUUGUGUCGCUAAAUCCCUGUGGGGAAAUUCCUUUGGAAAUGUUGACCUGAGAGGUGAGAAACCCUCAGAGGAAUCCAUGUGGCACUUCUGCUUGACUUCCUUCUCAUUUCGCCUAGAAUUUCUGCUUUGCGCCAGCUGUUUACAGAUAAUUUACAAAGUUGCGUUAACAGGCUUGAUCGUGUUUCUUAAAACUCACUGAGAAGUAACCCCAAGUAAAAUUUUCCACCGGGGCAUGUUCUGAAUACAUAUUUAUAGUUACUGAACCAUGUGAGAAUGUAGGAAGCUCUUUUGAAAUGUUGCAUGACAUCUUCAGGUUGGGUUUUCCCCAGUCCUAGCAAGGGAAGGAGAAGGAGAAUGAAUGUCUGCCAGGCAGCUGCUAGAGGCUAGUCACUGAUCUAGAUUCUUUUAAUUUAGUGACCCAGUGAGAAAUAGCAUUCCUAUCCCCAUUUUACAGACAGGGAAACUGAGGCUCAUGAAGGUGGCUGCUUUCUCAAGGCCUCGCACCUAUAAGGGGUGGUAGUGGGAUUUGAACCCAGAUACAAUGAGUCCAAAGUUCACAAUCCAUCCGUUGAACCACUCUGCCACCCAGCUCCUAAGACCUGCCGGAAAGGUGAAGCAGGAGCUACAGGGGUGGCCAAGCCACUGGAGAGCCUGCUGACUUCUAGAUAAAAACCAGAGCUGAAACACCUGCUCGGAAGCCUUCUGUUCUCCCUGCACAAGUUCUGCUGCUGGCGGGCACACUGCAAGCAGCCCUUCUCUGGGUAUACUCUUCCAAAGAGUGAUGGCUACAAGCUCUUGGCUACAUUCUGAGUUGGGGGUUCAGCCUACUGCAUGGAGCAGUAGGUGGGAAGUUGGUGCCUGUAGGUGGCAUCAUGUUGAACGUACACACUUGAAGGUGAGCCAGGCAUAGUGGCUUAUGCCCGUAAUCCCCGUGACUCAGGAGGCUGAGGAAGGAAGAGCCCUUGAGCCCAACAGUUCAAGGCUGCAGUGAACCGUGAUCAUACCACUGCACAUCAGCCUGGGUGACAGAGUAAGACCCCAACUCUAUUAAAUGCAAAAUAAAACAUAACUAUGUUUGGCUGGGCACAGUGGCUCAUGCCUGUAAUCCCAACACUUUGGGAGCCCAAGGCAUGUGGAGGUGGAUCAGCUGAGUUCAGGAGUUCGAGACCAGCCUAAACAACAUGGCAAAAAACUGGUCUCUACCAAAAAUACAAAAAAAUUAGCUGGGCAUGGUGGCACACACCUGUAGUCCCAGCUACUCAGGAUGCGGAGGUGGAUGGAUCACUUGAGCCUGGGAGGUGGAGGUUGCAGUGAACUGAGAUCGUGCCACUGCACCACUGCAGCCUGGGUGACCAAGUGAGACCUUAAAAAAAAAAAAAAAAGGCAUUCUUGGAGGUGACAACACAGAACACCCAGCCAUGGAGUAGUGAGGGGGCAGGAGGCCAGGUUUAUAGAAAAAGGAUGUCUGUGGCUCUUUUCCCUGGCCAAAUGAUGCCACCCUCCUUCACACCCCUUACCUAAGCCAUGCCUGCCCAGGUGGUGAACGUUCCCUGGGGCACUGGGCACCUAGCAUCUCUGCCUGUUGCUGCAGUUUUGGUGCAUGCCGUAUUUUCUUGGCCAUCUUAACACAUUCCCCCUCAGAAAGAGCACCUCAGUUAGGAUUCUCCUUUCCUGACUUUCUAGGAGUGUCUUCCUCACUCUUACUGCUAUGGACCCAGACCCCACGAGACUGUGUUGGGGGUAGGGGAAUCAAUGCCAGUUGAGACAGCUGAUGGCCCCCCCCACCUGUGCUCCUUCCUGCAGUCUGGUCCAGAGGAUUCAGAUCCAUGAGGAUGGGCGGCAGAGAAACAGAUGACCCCAGCAUAGGUCGACUCCCAGUAAUGGCAGUAGAUGUGUGGGGAAAGAGCGAAGGUGGCCGCAGGGCCGUGGCACACCUGGGCAGUGCAUUUGCCCAUCACCUGGUUGUGAAACGAUGGGUCCCUCAGGAACUACUCUGACUGUGGCUUCCUUGCCAGGUCCCCUCUUCCUUUCAUACUUUAUCGUCUCUGCUGCCUCUCCCUCCACCUCCAUCCUUGCUUUCUUCUGAGGGUUGGCAGGUAGAUCUCCCUUCUAGAUCAGCCUGCCAAAUCUCCCUGGAGGUUUUGGCCACCUCCUCUUUAGAGCUGCUGGUGUUGGGGUGGGUGGCAGGAACCGAGAGAACAGCCAAGGUGAACAUCGGCCACCCUUUCCAUUAGCAAAGGCCUGCACCGGGGGUGUGGCCAGAGUUCUCUGAAUUCACUUGGUCUCUGGGAAUUGACCUUGGGUUGAAAAUGCCGUUUUUCACGUGGGCUUUAGAGAUCAGGUUGAGGAAGAAAGAAAAUAGCCUGCACAGUGUGUUGCUGUGGUUGGAUUUCACAUACUAUUUUUUAUAUACCUGUCUUUUCCCUGUGAGAGAAAACAGCCAUGAGUAGGUGAGGUAAGCUUAUUUGAGAGUGGGGGGCAUUAAGGGGUGAGGGUGGUUCCACAGGGUACCCCUGAGAAUGAAUUUCCUCCUCCAGAACAAGGGUGACCAGGUCCCUCACAAUUAUUCCUCAAAUUCUUGGUGGCUGCCUUCACUCUGGCCAGGGAGAGCUUUGUAGAACUACUGUUCCAACAGCAGAGCAUGGAGCAUGUCUGUGACCAAACCUUGGGCAAAUACGUAUUUAAAGGAAUUUUAUUAUUAAAAUAGUCAACCUUAUGGUUUAUGUAGAAAAUCUGAUAAAUAUAGACAAGGGCGAAGACAGUACAAAUUGCCCCAUAAUCUCACAAGCUGGAAAUAACACCAUUUAGUUCUUUUGUGUAUUUCCUUGCUGCCUUUUUCAUUGCAUAUAUGUAAACACACUGUAUUUUAAACAUGGUUACAAGCACAUUGAACUUUAUAUCCUUUUUUUUUUUCAUUUGACAUAACAUUAUGGCAAACAAAAACUUUAAAAAAAACACAUGGGCUUUGCAAGUGAGCAUAUGCUUUGCAAACAUUUCUGUCAGCUACCAGUAACCAACUGCAAGAACUCACAUUCUACCCAAAACAGAAAUUGUGCCAGUCGGGGAGUCCUUUGAUCACCAUGCAGUAAACCUCGCCAAAAUGCUGUAAAUUUAAACAAACUAAAACUAAAACCCAACCACUUGAAAAAAUUUAAAGCACUUAAACUGCUAUUGGUUCAAGGAAGAAAUAAAGAAUGUACUGACAAAUAUUUAGAAAGCAUUGGAAACUAGAAUGCCACAUACCCAAACCUAUGGGAGACAGCUGGCACUAUUCUCGUUGCCUUAAAUGCUUUUAUUAUUAAAAAGGGAGAGAGAAAAAGAAUAAACCAAGCAUUCAGCCUGAGUGCUUAGGAAAAAAAGAAUAAAAACAAUCCCUAAGGAAAACAGGAGGGGAAAAAAUAGUGAUGAUAAAGGCAGAAAUAGAUGAAUUAGGAAACAGAAACAGUGAAAUUAGCAAACAUAUCCAAGAGCGGAAUCUGUUUUUAAACAAACUGCAGAAUAGACUAACCCCUGGCAAAUCUGUUUGAGAAAUAAAAGGGAGACAUGAAAAAAAGCAAGGGAAUGAGAGAGGGGACAUUGCAAUAGAUAGAAUAGAGGAAUUUAAAAAUAAUAGAAAUUUAUGCGCAAUAAUAGGUAUAAUUUCAAAAUCUCAAUUAAGGCAUGCAUCUCUGAAAAUGUAUAUGUUGCUAAUUGAGAAAAAAAUUUCAAUCCUUAUGAAAGCACUGCCCCUCUGCCCACCAAAGACAUUGGUCCGGAGUGUUUUUGCUAGUUAAUUAUUUCGAAUUUGAUAAUACUGAUAAUGCUAAGCUGUUCCAUAGCUUAGCAAAAGAUGGAGAGCUCUUCAAUUCUUUCUACAAAGCAAAAUAAGCCUGAUAUUAAACAUGGCAAAGAGACUUUUGAAGAAUGAAAAUGCUGGGGAGGAAAUAGAAUUCAAUAAUAUAUUAAACAAGUCAUCCACCAUAACCCAGCAGGGCAGGAGGAAAGAAUAGUCAAUAUUAGGAAAGCUUAAUAUAGUAACUACGUCACACUAAUGCAUUAAAGAAGUAAAACCGUAUUGUUUCCAAUAUGUGCCGGGGAAAAAUGAUUAAGCUGAACAGCCAUGCUUACCUAAUCAAUACAGCAAAAAGGAACACAAGGGUGCAUUUUUAGCAUAAUCAAAAAUAUCUGUUUCAAACCAAUAACCAAUUCUGUAAUUAACUUCAACACUAGAGGCAUUCUUAUGGAAACCAGUAACAAAAUAAGGAGGCCUGCCAUUACCAUCACGAUUUAACAUUGCUUUUCCCACUUUAGUCAACAUAAUACUGAAACAGACUUGUUAAAAUAUAAUAAAUAUUAUAAAUAAGGAGUAAAAGUAAUAAAUAACAGUAAGUAAAAUCUCUACCAAAUCUUAGGCUAGAAGUUGAUUUCCAAAGUUUAGAAUCAAUAGCAAAAGUCAUCAGGAAAUUCAACAGAUUUGACUACAUUAAAAAAUUGUAGGCCGGGCGCAGUGGCUCACGCCUAUAAUCCCAGCACUUUGGGAGGCCGAGGCGGGUGGAUCACGAGGUCAAGAGAUUAAAGAGAUUAAAUUGCAAUUUGUUUUUUGUUUUUGGUUUUGUGGUUUCUUUUUUUUUUGAGACUGUCUUGCUCUGUCACCCAGGCUGUAGUGCAGUGGUGAGAUCUCAGCUCACUGCAACCUCCACCUCCCAGGUUCAAGAGAUUCUCCUGCCUCAGCCUCCCAAGUAGCUGGGAUCACAGGGAUGUGCUACCAACCCGGCUACUUUUUGGAUUUUUCACCAUAUUGGUCAGGCUGGUCUCGAACUCCUGACCUUAAAUGAUCUACCUGCCUCUGCCUCCCAAAGUGCUGGGAUUAUAGACGUGAGCCACCAUGCCCAGCCAUUGACAUUUUAAUUCUACCAAGAUCCUAUAUAGAUUAGUUUUUAAAAAUCAAGAUUUGAAGUGGGGGGGUGGUCUGAAAAUUUUUUUUUUAAAAAUCAAGAUUUAAAUUUGAAGGCCUUGCUCAUGCUUGUAAUAUUAGCACUUUGGGAGGCCAAGGCAGGCUGAUCAUUUGAGGCCAGGAGUUCAAAACUAGCCUGGCCAAUAUGGCAAAACAUUGCCUCUACUAAAAAUACAAAAAUUAGCUGGAUGUGGUGGUGUAUUCCUGUAGUCCCAGCUGCUCGGGAAGCUGAGGCAGGAAAAUCACUUGAACCUGGGAGGUGGAGGUUGCAGUGAGCAGAGAUGAUUGCGCCUUGGUGAUGGAGUGAGGUGCUAUCUUGAAAAAAUAAGAUUUAAACGAAGACAAUAUGCACAGACAAUAUAAUUAGCAAACAAAUGCACGACAUAAAGAAAACGCUGAAUGGUAAGCUCCAUGUGGCUAGGGACCAGGUCAGUUCUGCAUGGCAGGUACUAUAUCGACUUCAUAUUUGUUGACUGUAUGGAAUUAAUAUUUGUUGAAUAAAUUAAUGAAUGCAGUACAAGUUUUUAAAAUAGGCCAUUUUAAACUUUUUAAAUUAGAAGGGUUUUUAAAAGAGUUUAUUAUGAAAGAAUUUCAACUAUUGAGAGAAAUGGAAAGAAUAUUACAGUAAAUACCCAUACACCAAUGGCUGAGAUUUUAAAGAUGUUAACAUUUGCCAUAUUUGCUUCAUCUGCUGUUGGAAAUAGAUGCUCAGUGCCACUAAGAAAAAUUAGCAUUGAGCUGGGCGCGGUGGCUCACACCUAUAAUCCCAGCACUUUGGGAGGCUGAGGCAGGUGGAUCACGAGGUCAAGAGAUCGAGACCAUCCUGGUCAACAAGGUGAAACCCUAUCUCUACUAAAAAUACAAAAAUUAGCUGGGCAUGGUGGUGCACGCCUGUAGUCCCAGCUACUCAGGAGGCUGAGGCAGGAGAAUUGCCUGAACCCAGAAGGCGGAGGUUGCGGUGAGCCGAGAUCGUGCCAUUGCACUCCAGUCUGGGUAACAACAGCGAAACUCCGUCUCAAAAAAAAAAAAAAAGAAAAGAAAGAAAAAUUAGCCCUGAGACAAAAGACCUUUUAGCAACACAAUUUUUACUUCCUGGACUGCAGAAAGAGUACUCCCACUAGCCAUCUUGCCAUGAGAGUACAAAGAACAAAGGAAUACACACAAAUUUAUUCCUUACGCAUUUGGGGUUGUUCUUACUGCUGUGUCUGUUCUCCAUUGGCUGGAGUCAGACCUCACACACUAAAGUAAAACCUGAUUGGCUAACAGCUUAAAACUUUUCUAAACAGGUAAAAGCAAUGGAGAGCUGGGACAUGCCUGUGGGCACGUCCAGCACAGAUAUCUUGGUUAAAGUACAAGGAUGUAGAAUGUACUACGUGCCUGUAAGCAUGGCAUAUUUAGCAGCUACAUAGGAUAGGGCUUAGCAAAGAGUUAUUAGCACACUUAUGAUUUAUUCUUUAAUAAGAAAGGAAACUUGAAAAAGGAACUUUCCUACUUCCCAUGUCUGCACAGGUAUAUAUUUUUUUCCUGAACCAUUUUAAAGAAAAUGACAGAGCACACAUCAUUUCUCCCUUCAAUACUUAGGCAUACAAAUCCUCAGUCACCCAGAACAUAGCAAUCUGUAUGCAGGAGAUGGAAGCCGCUGCCCUGUGCUCCAAGGGUGUCUCUGCAGAUCGUCCCAGUCCUUGAGAAGGUGUUUAGCAGUCACAGACAUGACCUUCUGAUAUGUAAGAGAAGAGAAAACACACAUUUAUUGUGUAUCACGCCCUGUGCUGGAAGUUUUACCAGUGGUCUACUGUUUAAAUCCUUUCCAUUAUGCCCAUUUUAUGGGAAAUUGAGGUUCAAAGAGGUUAAGUAACUUGCCCCAUUUGACACAGUGUCAUUAUUCACCCAGUCCCUUCUGAUGCUUUCUAAUUACAUGACAUUUGCCCCUUCCCUUUAUCUUCUCUGUGCGUGAAUGCGUGGAGGUGAUAUAUUGGGUAGUGUGGACAGACUGGAAGCAGUCUGAAUGUCCUCCAGUGCAAGGAUUGGCAGGCAAGCAGGGAUCUGUGUCUGUGGGGUCUGACUGGGAAUGUGGGUGAUCGAUUAUGAACAUGCAACAUGGAAAAUCGCUUGUCGCAUCCAGGUAAUAAGUAGGACACCAGAUGGUAUACACCGUGACCAAAACCAUGUGAAAAACACGUGCAUGAAGAGGACCAGGAAGAAAUAUACAGGAAGUGGUUGCAUUAGGGUGAGAAGGAGUAUUUAUGUUUUCCUCUCCAUCUUUCUCAAACCUUUUGUAAUGGGUGGUUUUAUUAAUUUUGUAAUGGAAAAUGUUAAUUUAAAAGCAAUCUAUUUGCAGUUUAGUAAGCUCACAGCAGGGAAAGGCUGUGCUCUGUUUAUUGCUGUUACUUUUUUCCAGCACCUGCCCCCAUGCCCGGAAAUUCUGGAGAUAAUAAAUGUAGGUGUCUAACAAGUGUCCACUGGGACACCUCUCAGAGGACCUUCACCCAGGAACAUAUUUGCACAGGGUUUCCCUCAGCUGGGGAAGGUUUCCCCAGGAGAGCACCAGCCAGGUGUGUGUCAUGGGAUAUAUUUACAGGGUGGUGAGCUCUCCUGGUCCAACCAAAAAGUCCCCAGCAUGGCGUAGGGGCCAUUCUGGCCAUUUGGCAUCACCAGGGCAGUUAGCGCUGAUACAAAACACAGAGAACGAACAAACUCCAGCUCAGUCGGAAAUAGAUUUUAUGCCAUUCUGGGACUUUCAUGCUUGAUAAUAGACUGAGCAUGGUGGUUCACACAUGUAAUCCUAGUACUUUGGGAGGCCAAGGUGGGAGGAUCACUUGCAGCAAAGAGACUGAGACCAGCCUGGGCAAAGUAGCAAGACCCAGUCUCUACAAAAAAUUGUUUCGUUUGGUUUUUUUUUUUGAGAGGAAGUCUCGCGCAGUCGCCUAGGCUGGAGUGCAGUGGCACAAUCUCGGCUCAACCUCUGCAACCUCUGCUUCCCAGUUCAAGUGAUUCUCCUGCCUCAGCCUCCCAAGUAGCUGGGACUGUGCGCGUGCCACCAUGUCUGGCUAAUUUUUGUAUUUAUAUUUGUACUUGUAUUUUUUGACACCAUCUUGGCUCACUACAAACUCUACCUCCUGGGUUCAAGUAAUUCUCUUGCCUCAGCCUCCCGAAUAGCUGGGACUACAGGCGCACGCCACCAUGCCCAGCUCAUUUUUAUAUUUUUAGUAGAGACGGGGUUUCACCAUCCAUGUUGGCCAGGAUGGUCUCGAUCUCUUGACCUCAUGAACCGCCUGCUUCGGCCUCCCAAAGUGCUGGGAUUACACACGUGAGCCACCAUGCCUGGCCUAAUUUUUGUAUUUUUAUUAGAAAUAGGGUUUCACCAGGUUGGCCAGGUUGGUCUUGAACUCCUCACCUUAGGUGAUCAGCCCACCUUGGCCUCCCAAAGUGUUGGGAUUACAGGCAUGAGCCACCGCACCUGGCCAAAAAAAAAUUUUUUUGUUGUUUUUUUGGUUUAAAAGUUUUUAAAAAUUAAAAAGAUUAAACUUGAUAAUCACAACCAUAUAAGCAGCUAUUUAUUAAGUGCUUACUAAAGGCCAGCCUGAGUGUAUUUACAGACAUUCCUUAUUUGAGUUUCACAGCAACCGUAAGAAUUAGCUUAUUGGCCAGGAGCAGUGGCUCACACCUGUAAUCCCAACACUUUGGGAGGCUGAGGCAGGCGGAUUACCUGAAGUCAGGCGUUAAAGACCAGCCUGACCAACAUUGAGAAAACUUGUCUCUACUAAAAAUACAAAAUUAACUGGGUGUGGUGGUGCAUGCCUCUACUCCCAGCUACUUGGGAGGCUGAGGCAGGAGAAAGAAUUGCUGGAACCUGGGAGACGGAGGUUUCAGUGAGCUGGGAUUACUCCAUUGCACUCCAGGCUGGGCAACAAGAGUGAAACUCUGUCUCAAAAAAAAAAAAAGAAGAAAGAAAAAGAAUUAGCUAUCAGCCCCAUUUUAUAGAUGCAGAAACUGAGGCACAAAGGAAGGAAAGCAGGAUGGGUUUCAGGGCAAGUAUUGGUUUUGCCAAGUACUGACCUUCAGCAAAUCACAAGCCUUCUGGGCUUUCAUUUCCUCAUCUCUGAAGGAAACAGCUGGCAGGAGUUGAGUGUUUACCAUGUGCCAGGCCCUGGCCACACACUCUGAACACAUGCUCCAGAGUGCGAGUUAACCAGUGGGGGAGGGGCACCAAGCAGGCCCAGCUGAUUGUGAAUGGGAGACCACCUUCCUCACAAGGCAGUCACACACACCCAGCAGGAGUGGGUCCUAUCUGUGCUACAGAGAGGGUUGGGUCAGAUUUUUUUUUUUUAAUUGCUUAAUGGAUUGUUUGGUAACAAAUGGAUACCAACAAACAUGAACUUGCUUUUUCUUUCUUUAAAUAAACAUUUGAAUUGGUGACUUAGGCUCAUCUCAAGAGGUUGUGGACCCGACUGUUGGUGUGAUGGGUUUUGUUCAUCAAUGAGAAUGAUGGUUGUGAGUUUAAUCGAGCACACUGAGGGAAGUGAAUGAAAAAGAACACACAAACUGUGUGAGAAUAGUGACUAAUCAUAGACUCCAGGGAUUGAAAUGUACCCUGAGGGGAUCCAGGAUGCAGCAUCACCAGGAGCUUAUUAUUAAUAGAAACCAAGGAUCUCUCACAGCACCCUAGACCUGCUGAACCAGAAUCUGCAUUUUAGCAAGAUCCCCCGGGUGAUUCCUCAGCACAUUUGAGAAGCGGUGCUCUCAUUUGUCCUGUCUCCUUUGAGGAAAUCGGAAGGCUAGAGAGGUUAAGUGAGGAUACGCAGGAAGUUCUAAAAACUGUAACUCUGGUCUCUCAACGCCAGGCCUUUGCACAGCACUUGCCCCAUGGGAGAAACACAGUUGGUUUUGUUUUAGCAUGUUUUGCAUUCCCAAGACAGCCCAUCUCUCUUGUUUUCAUUGUGUUGGGUGGGGGGGUGGUCAUCAGUGGCUGCGGUCAUCUCUUACUCCCUGCUGGGGGGCUUGUGAAAUGCAGUUGCCUGGAGCCAGCCCCAAAUCCACGGCAUCUGGGUAGGUGUUAACCAAGUGCCUGCAUCUUAAGAUAUCCUCAGGUAUUCCUAGGUGCUAGUGUUGUUACAGCCAGUGUGGGCCAACUAUGAACUGUUACGGUGCCCUUUUUAUUCCAAAAUUAAUCCUGCAGAUGCUUUGGCUAGUAUAAACCAAAGUCCAGUUUCCUCUGAAGGAAGCCAGCGCAGCUACCAACAUUAUAUUGUGUACUGAGUACUGACUGUGUACUGUGAAUUUCUUUUUUAUGAGACAGAGUUGCGCUCUGUCACCCAGUCUGGAGUGCAGUGGUGUGAUCUCAGCUCACUGCAACCUCCAUCUCCCCGGUUCAAGCAAUUAUUUUGCCUUCAGCCUCCUGAGUAGCGGAGAUUACAGGUGCCCACCACCAUGCCCAGCUAAUUUUUGUUUUUGAGACGGAGUUUCGCUGUUGUUACCCAGACUGGAAUGCAAUGGCACAAUCCCGGCUCACCACAACCUCUGCCUCCUAGGUUCAAGCAAUUCUCCUGCCUCAGCCUCCCGAGUAGCUGGGACUACAGGCGCACACCACUAUGCCCAGCUAAUUUUUGUAUUUUUAGUAGAGAUGGGGUUUCACCAUGUUGACCAGGAUGGUCUUGAUCUCUUGACCUCAUGAUCCACCCGACUCGGCCUCCCAAAGUGCUGGGAUUAUAGGCGUGAGCCACCGCACCUGGCCAAUUUUUGUAUUUUUAGUAGAGAUGGAGUUUUGUCACAUUGGCCAGGUUGGUCUCAAACUGCCAACAUCUGGUUAUCCUCCUGCCUCAGCCUCCCAAAGUGCUGGGAUUAUAGGCAUGAAGCUCAGCAGAUCACAUAUGAUUGAAUUUAAAUUCCAGGACACUCAAAUGUAUUAUUUUCUAUUUUUAGGAGCGAGGAGAAGCAGACUGGAUAACCUUGGAAAAUUAAAUGCCCCCCAAAAUGUAACAGUUAAGAAUGUGAGGCUGGGCACAAUGGCUCAUGCCUGUAAUCCCAGCACUUUGGAAGGCCAAGGUGGGAGGAUCACUUGAGGUCAGGAGUUUGAGACCAGCCUGGCCAACAUGGUGAAACCCCAUCUCUACUAAAAAUAUAAAAAUUAGCUGGACAUAGUGGUGGGCGCCUGUAAUCUGAAGUACUUGGGAGGCUGAGGCAGGAGCUUGCUUGAACCCAGCAGUAGAGGUUGCAGUGAGUUGAGUCAUGCCACUGCACUCCAGCCUGGGCAACAGAGUGAGACUCCGUCUCAAAAAAAAAAAAAAAUGUGUGUUUGGCCUGUAUAGUGUUAGCUACUCAGGAGGCUAAAGCAAGAGGUUUCCUUGAGCCCAGGAGUUCAAGGCCAGUGUGGGCCACAUAACGAGAACUUGUCUCUAAAAAAAGAAAAAAAUAAGUGUGUGUUUGAAAUUUGAGGCUCUCCUACUUGUGACUAGAAUUUUCAUUUAAGAAGAAAUAUAUAUCUGCAUAUAAAAUUCUUGAAUUGAUAAACAUUCUUGUAUAUUCUUAGGCUAGUGCCCCAUGAAAGUAGGAGCCAUGCAGGAGCGCUGCUCUGCACAAUAGUCACCAACCAGGGGGAGCUAAAUACAGAAAAUGGGAUCAAUGUUCAGAAACUUUCAUGGUUUGACGUCUGCAGGAUGACAUCCAAAUGGGCAAUCAGCAGCUGCUCCUCAAACAGGGUAUGGGCCGGGAUGGGCACCGUCGAUCCCACGUGGCGGGACUCUGGACUAACUGCCUGUUGAUGUUGGAUCUGAGAGGGAUUAAAAUGAAUAAAACUGACCUUUCUUUAAGAGUUUGAGAAGCACUGGGGCUGUGAAGGGUGGGAAAGUUUGCAGUAGGAGGUGUGCUUUUAAGCUUAGCAUGUGGAAAGCAGGAGAGAGUUGGACAGGCAGAAGCCCUAUCGCCCCACCUCCCACUCCAGAUACCAGCAGGCCAGUUCAGGCAGAUGGGUUGGCUCCCAGGCUAGCUGGCUGCUCCAUGUUGAGUCUUCUGCCUUGCCCACAGAUUUCUUUUUCCUGUUUUUUUAGAGACAGGUUCUCACUCUGUUGCCCAGGCUGGAAUACAGUGUCUGUUCACAAGCAUGAUCAUAGCUCACUGUAGCCUUUACCUCCUAGGCCUGAGCAAUCCUCCCAACUCCCAACUCAGCCUCCUAAGUAGCUGAGAUCAUAGGCAUGCACUACCAUGCCCAGCUUGUCCCAUAGACUGGGUUUGACUCUGGUCACAGAGCCUGUGGAGAGAUUCCUUGAUUCAAGGUAGAGGUGGCCUUCCUUUUUUUUUUUUUUUUUUUGAGACUGAAGGCCAGGGUAGCCCAGGUUCAAGCGAUUCUCCUGCCUCAGCCUGCUGAGUAGGAGGGAUUACAGGCGUGUGCCACCACGCCCAGCUAAUUUUUGUAUUUUUAGUAGUGACAGGGUUUAACCAUGUUGUCCAGGCUGAUCUGGAACUCCUGACCUCAGGUGAUCCACCUGCCUCGGCCUCCCAAAGUGCUGGGAUUACAAGCGUGAGCCACUGCGCCUGGCCUAAAGGUGGCCUUCUGAGUCCUGCCUGGCCUGGGUCUGGAAACAUGGGCACUACCAGCCAUGUGACCUUGGCCCACUGGCUUUCUUUCUCUGCCCCUCAGAGUUUAGAAAAUAAGAAUGGCCAGGCAUGGUGGCUGACACCUAUAAUCCCAGCACUUUGGAAGGCCAAGGCAGGCAGAUCACUUGAGGUUAGGAGUUCAAAAUCAGCCUGGCUAACAUGAUGAAACCCCAUCUUUACUAAAAAUACAAAAACCAGCCGGGCUUGGUGGUGCACACCUGUAGUCCCAGCUACUUGGGAGGCUGAGGUGAGAGAAUCUCUUGAACCCGGGAGGCACAGGUUGCAGUGAGCCGAGAUCACACACUCCAGCGAGAGCGACAGAGUGAGUCUGCCUCAAAAGAAAAAACAGAGGAAUGACUGUCACUCCUGGAGGGGUUCUUUUGCCAGAUAUAAAAAAGAUACCACAUGCGAGAGGCUCCAUACACGAUGUGCACCAGGAAAGGGAGGACUUCUUCGUGUUAUUUGAAAAAGUGGAUUGCAUUGUAGGUCCCCAGGAAGUUGCCAGCUGUCCUUCCUGUUUCCAAAGUCCUUCCUCUGUGUGUGUGUGUGUGUGUAUUCUGUGUCUGUGGUGGUGGCCGUGUGUGUGUGCACAUGUGUGUGUAUUCUGUGCCUGUGGAGUGUGUGUGUAUGCUGUGUCUGUGGGAUGUGUGGGGUGUGUGUGUGUGUGUGUAUGCUGUGUGUGUGUGGUGUGUAUGUGUGUGUGUGUAUAUUCUGUGCCUGUGGGAUUUGUGUGUAUGGGGUGUGUAUGUGUGUGUAUAUUCUGUGUCUGUGGAAUGUGUGUGUGUAUUCUGUGUCUGUGGGAUGUGUGUGUGUGUGGCAUGUGUGUGUGUGUAUUCUGUGCCUGUGAGAUAUGUGUGUGUGUGGUGUGUGUAUUCUGUGGCUUUGGAAUGUGUGUGUAUGUGUGUGUAUUCUGUGCCUGUGGGAUGUGUGGUGUGUGUGUGUGUAUUCUGUGCCUGUGGGAUGUGUCUGUGUGGUGUGUGUAUUCUGUGCCUAUGGGAUGUGUGUGUGUGUGGUAUGUGUGUAUCCUGUGCAGGUGGGGUGUGUGUGUGGUGUGUAUUCUGUGCCUGUGGGAUGUGUGUGUGUGAUGUGUAUUCUGUGGCUUUGGGAUUGUGUGUGUGUGUGUGCGUGUGGUGUGUGUAUUCAGUGCCUGUGGGAUGUGUGUAUUCUGUGCCUGUGGGAUGUGUGUGUGCGGUGUGUGUGUGUCGUGUGUGUAUUCUGUGCCUGUGGGAUAUGUGUGUGUGUGGUGUGUGUAUUCUGUGGCUUUGGGAUGUGUGUGUGUAUGUGUGUGUGUGUAUAUCCUGUGCCUGUGGGAUGUGUCUGUGUGUGGUGUGUGUGUGUGUAUUCUGUGCCUGUGGGAUGUGUCUGUGUGGUGUGUGUAUUCUGUGGCUUUGGGAUGUGUGUAUGUAUGUGUGUGUAUUCUGUGCCUUUGGGAUGUGUGUGUGUGUGUGGUAUGUGUGUGUAUCCUGUGUGUGUGUGGUGUGUGUGUAUUCUGUGCCUGUAGGAUGUGUGUGUGUGGUGUGUGUAUUCUGUGGCUUUGGGAUGUGUGUGUGUGUGUGUGUGGUGUGUAUUCAGUGCCUGUGGGAUGUGUGUAUUCUGUGCCUGUGGGAUGUGUGUGUGCGGUGUGUGUGUGUCAUGUGUGUAUUCUGUGCCUGUAGUGAUGGUGGCCGUGGUGUCGUCAGCAGCCGGGUUGUCAGGAAACAGCCAUCAGUUUCCUGCUGAUUAACUCAGUUCCUGGAGGGCCCUCCCUAGCAGCGGGGGAAAGCUGGCAGCUUGGCUGAGCCUCCUCUGGCCUCUGGCUCCCCAACCUGCUCUCCUCGCCCCCUCUGAGCAGCCCACCUGCCCUGCUACUCUAAGCCCAGGACACCUCCGGCAGCGCAGGCCUCCUGAGCCUCUUUGUUCUGGCCAUGGGCGGGGCGCCGGCUCCAUCUGCCUCAGGCUUUGCCUGCAGGUGCUUUUCCUUUGCACACCUGGCACCUGUCAGGGACUUAGACCUCUUCCAAGUCGCCCCUAGGUUGGGCCUAAGAGAUUUGGAUCAUUUGAGUUGCCAGCCCUUAGAAACGAUGCUGUGAGGCCCUCUGCUCACUCAGAGAAGGAGGCUUGAUGGCUGGGGCCCCAGGGCUCCCUGCUGGUAGAAGGGGUGUCUGGAGGGCCUCUGCCUUUGGUCAUCAGAAGGAGUUCUGGCAAGGGAAAGAGACCUAUGCAGUACUGGGGUUUUGGAUCCCUCGAAUGAAGGACCAGGCAGAGAAGAGGGGCACUGCUGGGGGAUGCGGGGGCUGGGCCAGGCUGGGCACAGGCCUGUGGACGUGGUGAUUGGCCAUAUCUGCCUCAGCACUUCACAUGGGGACUUGGCAACCACACUCGGCCCUGGUGCAUGGUGUGGGGACUGAGACAUGGUCUUGGUCUCAGACAUCCCAGCUUUCGGCUGCCGGCUGCCAGUGGCUCGCUGUGGCUUCCGGCCGGGGCUCAGCAUCGGCUGUCCAGCUCUCCCAGCGGUGACAUCUCCACCCUGGACCUAUCAGCCCAUCAGCUCCCAGGUGUGGACAGGUUUGCACAGUUGCUCCAGCUCCCUCUGCAGUGGGCCGGCAUGGAAGGCAGGACCCCAGGGCUGGGUGGGUGUUAGCAGCUGGCUCUCAGGCCUCAGCACCAUCGUGCUUCUCAGGUGCGGGAUGGGUCAGGACUAUGUGCUUAGCACCCGGCAGACCCUCGUAGCUUCUUAAAUGAUGACACCUUCUAGCACACACACAGCUCAUCUGACUCAGACCGGGCUCUCUAGCUGGGGUGGGAAGCCCUGUACUUCCUAAUACCUGGUGGCUGAGUCAACAACACGGGGACGUGUAUUUGGAUAGCAAACAGCGAUGAGCAGCGGAGCCAGCCCACUGCCUUCCUGCACCCGCCUUCUAGCAAAAAUGUCCUCUGGAAAGGUCAGCCAGGACUGGCUACAUAAUUUUCAGGGCGAGGUGCAAAAUGAAAAUGCAGGCCCCAUGUUUGAAAAUUAGUAAGAGUUUAAAGAACAGCAGAGCACGAAACAAGUGAGGGUUCUUCUACACAUGGGGCCCCAGGCAGUGGCACCAUGGCACGCCCCCAAGGCAGGCUGGAGUCAGCAUUUCCCAGCCUUGUGAUGUCCUGUUGCUUCUGAGGGUGGCGGGAUUGGGUCCUCUUUGGUAGAAGAGGGACUUGGCAUCCUGAGACGCCCUCGCCCCGCCCGGCCUCACGAGCGGCUUUCUCAGGGGCUGGAGUGACCUCCGCUUCCAAGUGCAAACUCUUCACCUUCUCCUUUUUGUUCUUCUCUAACCUGUUUCCUUCUUUCUUUGUGAACUCAGAAAGCUUUGAGACUCCCCUCCCGUUCCUCUUUCUUCCCCUCCGCUCCUGCCGCUCACUCCCCACCCCCCACCCCUGCCUCUGUUUCUCUGUUUCUCUCUUCCUCUUUCCUUCCCUUGCUUGUAUCUGGGGGAGCCCUUCACAGGUUUCUGUAUAACAUUCUCAGCCAUUCACUUGGCGCCAUUCAGUUUUAAUGUUCCUUUGAAUGACACCAAGCGAGUGCUCCUUGGGUUUCUGAAGCCUCUUUCUGAAGUGGCUGAGGGACGUCCCCUCAGUGGCCUCUGGCUCUGUCCAGAUGGUCUCUGCCCAUUGGGAGCCUGGAAUGAAUUCUCAUUGUGAGCGUUCGUCACUCACCACCUCCUCCCCACAUUCAGCUGUCAGUCCUACUGGCCUCCAUGGAAAGAAAGUCUGCUCCAUUCUUUCUAGUGAUGAACCUGGCUAUGGUUCCCAAGGUCUGUGGCUCCAUGCAGGCUUCAAGCUGGGGGUGGGGCAGGGCAUGGGAAAGGGUUAAAUAGAUAAGCCCAGGACACUGUCCUGGCUCCCCUCGUCCUCCUCUUGACACAGGAACCAGAAGGGUCUUCAGCAACAUGCAUGGGAUCGUGUCACUUCCUGGCUUCCUGUGGCUGAGAGUGAAUCCAGACACCGAUGCCUCAGUGACCCCAUCUCCAGCCACGGUUCUCAGUUCCACAUCAGGGAAUUCUCCGCCUCCUGGAGAGGCAGACCAGGUUGCUGAAGAGGCUCUUCAAGCACGUUUGGAAGAAUGCAAGGAUUCUGGAGAGGUGGAGAGGAGGAGGAGAGGAGCACAAGCAAGGGUGGCUCCAGGGCCAGGCUGGAGACGGGAGGUCAGGCAUGUCGGGGAGGAGGGAAGUGGGGCUGGGUAAGAAGCCCAGCUCAGCAUGGAGGACCUGGCGGGGGCUCAGGUUGGGGGUGGAGUGUGUCAAUCCUGGUCCACGCUGGAGCCAUUGGAAGAGCUUUUAAAAUUAUCAAAGUUGUUACAGGUCAUUCCCCAGGUGGGCCACACACUGUUUCUAGGUUUAGUUCUCCAACCCUUCUUCCUGAUCCUCCCCUUAGAAAAAAAUUACCCAAGUCCCUGGGGCUAAGUCAGCCUGGGUGUUGGCACUGGCAUUUGCCCUCCCAGGGCCAGCAGGGCUGGGAAACCUCAGUGGGCUUUAGCAACUGGCAGAAACUGCCCCGUGCACUGGGGCUUUUCUCCGCUGAUGGGAAGGCUCCCUUGCUCCGUCAGCCCCAGGCCCCUGGACAGAAGGAACUCAGCAGAGAUGUCCCUAGAGAGUCAGCCGGAAGGGACCUAGUUCAGAAGGGGAAACUGAGUCUUGGUCACCAGCGAGUACCACCACCGGGUAACAGAGCUUGGGCUUUCAGCCUUGGACACCACUGGCUAGGAUGGAGCGAGGGCUGAACUGGAAUGCUUCCGAGGAAAUGAUCUCCAGCCUGAGUAUGCCACGGUUAUGAGAGCGUCUUCAGCACUCAUAAGCAUCACAGGCUGGAUCCCAUUCUCUGGCCUUUGGAUGUGGGGUGCCAGGAUCUGUGUGUAAAGAUGAGGGAGGCAGGGCUACUGGCCUCAAAGAACUCCAGGGGGCAGUGGGCCCAAGCAUAGAGUAUUCUAAUAUGGUUGCUAGGCUUCCAGAGCUGUAAGAGCCAGGCUUGAGCAGGGAGAGAAUUCCCCGAGGGAGGCCUUGAUGAGGGAAGAGGCAAGUGAGGGUUUGGUGUCUCUACAUCCACAGGCCUGGCCUUCCAGCCAGCGUGCUGUACCAAAGUGAAUGCUGGGGCCGCUAUGUGGUACCCAGACACUGAUUUCCCCUCGACCCUCCAUCAGCUGGUGAGUCUGUGAUGGUUUGGAACAGCCUUGCCCAGUUACCCCAGCACAUGGUCCAAACAUGAUUUUCUAUGUAUGCCAUGCAGCCAGGGGCACUGCAGCAGGCCGCUCUCUUUAUCACCAGCGUGGGGCAGUUUGGGGAACAAGCCAAAGGCUGGCCCCACAGACGCAAAGAACAAGUCACAACUCACCCACGUGGUGUGUUUUCUCGUAACUUUUUAUUUCGAAAUUUUCAAUCACAGAAAAGUUAAGAACCUUCAUCCAGAUUCACUCAUUGCUGCCAUUUUGCCACGUUUUCUUUAUCUCAUUGUCUUUCACGUGGUUUCGCGGAGUCAUUUGAAAGUUGCAGGCAGCAUGCUGCUGAGUACGUCAGCAGGUGUCUUUCAGGAGUAUGGGCUACCCCCUUGCAACCACGGUGCCGUCAUCACACCUAAGAAAUUACCCGCGUCCAAUAACAUCCAAUGUACAUCCCAUUCAUAGUUCCCCAGCUGAACUCCAGUAAUAUGUUUUUUAUGGCUAUUUUCCUAAUCCAAAAAGCUUCAGGCUUUUGGGUGUUGUGUUUCUUUACCUUCUUUUAAUCUAGAACAGUCUCCCUGCUGUGUGUGUAUGUGUGUGAGACUUUGGCUUUGAAGAGUCCAGGCAGGCCAGCUGUGUUACACAAUAGAUUUGUGUAAUCAAAUAUGUUCAAGUUAAGUUUGCAUAGUUUCAAAACUCGCCUGAUAGUUGCUUCAUUGUGUCCAAGAAAGUCCUAAGGAAGAGAGUAUAUAGUUGAGGCUACCUCCUUGGCAACCUGUCCCUGUGUGAGUUGUGGGUAUCCUGUCCAGCCACCCAGAAAAAGCAAUGGCUUUAGUAAUAUGACAUGUUAAGUAUAAAAUGCUUCCUAGGCCAGGCGUAGUGGCUCACGCCUGUAAUCCCAACACUUUGGGAGGCCGAGGCAAAAGUAUCACCUGAGGUCGGGAGUUCGAGACCAGCCUGACCAACAUGGAGAAAUGCCAUCUCCACUAAAAAUACAAAAAAAUAGCUGGAUGUGGUCGUGCAUGCCUGUAAUCCCAGCUACUCAGUCGGCCGAGGCAGGAUGAUUACUUGAACCCAAGAGGUGGAGGUUGUAGUGGGCUGAGAUCACGCCACUGCACUCCAGCCUGGCACCUGGCAAUGGAGUGAGACUGUCUCAGAUAAACAAACAAAUAAAUAAAUAAAAUAAAAACAAAAUGCUUUCUGCUGGGUGAGGUGGCUCACGCCUGUAAUACCAGCACUGUGGGAGGCCGAGGCAGGCGGAUCACUUGAGGCCAGGAGUUUGAGACCAGCCUGACAAACAUAGUGAAACCCCAUCUCUACUAAAAAUACAAAAAUUAGCCAGGCAUGGUGGCAGCUGCCUGUAACCCCAGCUACUUGGGAGGCUGAGACAGGAGAAUUGCUUGAACCCAGGAGGUGGAGGUUGCAAUGGGCUGAGAUCACGCCACUGCACUCCAGCCUGGGCAGCAGAGUGAGACUCUGUCUUAAAAAAAAAAAGCUUCUGAUGUGUAAAGAUGAUUUCACUGGCAGGGCAGAUGUUCUCUUCAUUUUGUGGGUGGGAUCCUGAGAGGUUGAGGCUGUGCCCAGAUCUACUAUCUUAGGCAAAAGUGGACCAGAGCCCUGCCUUGUGACCCACCAUAGAGCUCUCUGCAGUGACAGCUGGGAGUCUUCCCCCAGGACUGGAUGACAGGUGGCUUCACCUCAUUUCAGUCCUGGAUCCAACACGUGUUGGCUGAGCGCUUGACCAAAUAUUGAAUAUAAUAUAAUACAGGCCAAUCCAUCCUGAUGACCUGCAAGUCAUGACUAGGAGCCCUAGGUGCUGAGCUGAGGUAUGGAGGCGUCCUGGCAAACUGCCAUUGGGUCAUUUUCAGCCUGCACCCCGGCCAGCUACCAUCACAGCCUCCAGCAUUCCCUCCGAGUCUGCUGUGGUCGCCGUGGUCUGGGAAACUGGAUAACCACACUUGUUCUGAGUCCAAAGCCUCCAAGUAAGGGGCACUGUCCCAUGAAGAGAAAAGUGCCUGGGACUCCAGAAGCCCCUCUUGGAGUCACCCACAUCUCUUUCAUUCUGGACUCUCAGCUUUUUGGUGUGCUCUGCCAUUCUUCAGUCUUCUGGGGGAAAUUUGAGGUGACCAAAGAAGAGAGCUCCGGACAAGUGUAAUCUUGCUGUCACGCGUUAGGAAAGACCAUCACAUACAGCAGAGGCGCCUGGUGAUGAAACAGCACGUGGUGAGAGCCAGAGCCCGAGGGCACUCGGCCUGGUGGUUGUGUUGUUGAAUGACUGUGCCAGUUUGGGCCGUGCUGGGGGAGGGCACCCAGGACUCAGUCCUGCGCCCUGUGGCCACUGCCUCCUCUGCACGUAGAUCGCGCUGACUUAGCUUAUUCGUAUCUGAGGAUUUGGUUCCCAGCUCUAGGCAACAGCAGGAACCCCAGUCCCCAGAUCCCCCAAUCUCUGGAGAAGUGUCCUCAGUGCUCCGGAUGGGGUUUUCCCUGCAAGGUACAUGGCCUCCAGUCUCUUCUACCCAAAUGUGUCACCUUGGGCAGCAGCUCCCUGAAUUCUGUCCUUUCUUGCAGGAAUUUCUGUUCUCAUCAGUUCAUAAACACAGCGCCGCUUCGCUUCUGUUUCUGGGCUCAGUGCUCCGGGGAGUGUGCAGCGAUCCAGACUUGACUUCACAGUGACUCCUUGGCCAAGCCCUUUUUGCUCGUUUGCUUGCUUUUAAUUUUGGUUUUUUGUUUUUGUUUUUUUUUUUAAUCAGGGUAAUAUAUGCAUCUUUUUUUACAUCAGACAAUACUGAUGGGCUUAUAGUGCUAAAGCAGCAGGCCCCGCCCACUCACUCCCCUCCACCCACCCCCACUCCAGCCUUUCAGCUAGUUAACCAUUUACAACCUGCUUAGUUCCUCCGUGUUGCUACUCACCUCCCUGUUCUGAGAGAAUAUGGUACUCCGAUUAUGUCUGUCAAUUUUGGACGUUAUCUUUUGCCUCCAUAUUCCUGCACGUGAGGACUCAUCUCUCCACCACCCUAUUGUUCCUCCUCCUCUCUUACUAUUAUCAGUAGGUCGCAAUUUUGGGUUAAGCCCACAGUGUAAAUACUAUUCACUGCUACUGAACUACGAUCACUGAAGCAUGGCACUGUACUAUGGUACUUCUUUAAAAAAGAGUUCAUUAUUGUUUCUGUUGUUCUCCCUACAUUACUCUUCUCUGUGCCUCUGAAUCCUCCUAAUAUACCAACAGAUUAGGAAAGCAUCUAUUGCAUGUUUAUCUGUUGGUUCACUGAUCAAUUCUGUGUUUUUUUUUUUUUAGACACCUAGGUAGCUUGCCAGUGACAUUUUUUUCUUUUCUUUUUUUUUUUUUUUGUUUUGUUUGUUUGUUUUUUGAGAUGGAGUCUUGCUCUGUUGCCCAGGCUGGAGUGCAAUGGCGAUCUCAGCUUGUUAUAAUUGCCACCUCCCAGGUUCAAGCAAUUCUCCUGCCUUGGCCUCCUGAGUAGUUGGGAUUACAGGUGUGCACCACUGCAACUGGCUAAUUUUUGUAUUUUUAGUAGAGAUGGGGUUUUACCACAUUGGCCGUGAUGGUCUCGAUCUCCUGACCUGGUGAUCUACCUGCCUCGAUCUCCCUAAGUGUUGGGAUUACAGGCGUGAGCCAUGGUGCCCGGCCUAGUUUUUAGAGAUAGGGUCUCACUCUGUCACUCAGGCUGGAAGCAGCAUGAUCAUAGCUCACUGUAACCUCCAGUAUCUGGGCUUAGGUGGUCUUCCACCCCAGCCUCCAGAGUAGCUAAGACUACCAUCAUGCACCACUAUCCCUGGCUUAUUUUUUUAUUUUUUGUAGAGGCGGGGGCCUCACUAUAUUGCUUAGGCUGGUCUCAAACUCCGGUGCUCAAGUGAUCCUCCUGCCUUGGGCUCUCAAAGUUCUGGGAUUAUAGGUCUGGCCACCAGUGAAAUUCUUUAAAUCUUUUUCAAAACAAAUGAAAAUUUCGUUCACUUUAAUAUUAAAAUAACUCCAUGCCACCUCCUCUGAAGGAGCUUCCCUGACCCCCCACCCUCUCCAAGGCGGCCCCUCCUCUGUUCUAACACAGCCUUCACACACAAAAUUAAAAUUGCCUGUUUUCUUGCCUGUUGCUAUCACAACACCAGAAGUUCUUAAGGGCAGGACCGGGUCUUGUUCACCGCUGUCUCCAUAGGAACGCACAGCAGCUGGCUGGCACAUAGUAGGUGCUCAACAAAUAUUUGUAGGAUUUGCCUUUGUCAAAUGCCAAGUGCAGGGGUGAUUUUAUAGGCUGCAGGCGGCUGGGUUAAAUGUCCGCCCCAUGCCUCUUUGUUUUUGUUUGUGAGGCGGAGUCUUGCUCUGUUGCCCAGGCUCGAGUGCAGUGGCGCGAUCUCGACUCAUUGCAACCACUGCAUCCCAGGUUCAAGUGAUUCUUCUGCCUCAGCCUCCCGAGUAGCUGGGAUUACAGGCACCUGCUACCACGUCCAGCUAAUUUUUGCAUUUUUAGUAAACAGGGUUUCACCACGUUGGCCAGGCUGGCUCAAACACCCAAUCUCAGGUGAUCCACCUGCCUGGGCCUCCUAAAGUGCUGGGGUUAUAGGCGUGAGCCACCACUCCUGGCCUCUAUGCUUUUUUGUAUUUUCCAUGUGCCCCUUCUCUCCAGCCUUCUUGUUGGGUUUGGAGACCCUUCUGGGGCCUGUUUCAAUGGAAUAGCAACUUUUUCCAGAUAAAGAUAGCAAAGGAAGGGUUUUCUUUCCCUGAUCCAUUGUGUCUCCCCCCAACCCUCUCCAGGCAGCGUUCAGUUGGCCCCAUGCAUCUCAGGGUUCCAGGCUGGUCCUUGUUGCUUGAUAACCCCAGCCCACACCACUGAGCUCCGCACAGCCUGAGUGCUCAAUAGAUGAAUAAGAUUGAGACUCGCUCAAUCAAUCAAUCAAUAAGCCAAUCAGUCUUCCUUCACUCAGCCUCUCUGCUCACAGGCGUUUCUCAUUAUCUAGUGUUGGGAUGAUCAGAAGGAAAAAGGAGCCUCUGCGUAAAGGUGACCCCAUUUCAGGUUUCGUCAUAACUCGCUAGGUACUGAAAGACAGCAGAAGGGAAGACAAAGAAGGGGGACGCUCACCUGCAAUCGCAGAGGGACAUUUGGGAGGCACUCGGUCGCUAGAUGAGGGCUAUGUGGGGGCACUUUGCUGGCACUAUCUGGUGUGUCUCUGAUGCCCAACCAGGAAGGACAGGAAAGCUAACUCCAGGUCGGGGCACGUAUAUUGUGCAUAGUCUUUGGUCUUGGCUAACUCAGGAAGGUGCUGGUCUGCGAUGACCCACAAUGUGAGAACACACCUCAGCGUCCACAGAGGCUUUCCCUUGUGAGCAAUGUGGACCUAACAGGUGGUGGCCUGUAAAAAGAGCCAACCCACUGGCUCACACUCCUGGAGCGAGGGCCCAGCCUGAGCAGGCAGGGAGCCAUCUUGGAGCAGUCCCUUGAGGGGACAGCCCGUCCCAGGGCUGACUCAGCAUGUCCUUCACACCACACAUCCACUGGGGACCAAGCACCUCCUCUGGGUGCCAGGCAGCAGGAGAACUGCAGGGACACGGCCCAGGCAGGGUGGAUACGGCCCAGGCAGGGUGAGGUGGGGGGACACAUGGCCCAGGGAAGGUAAACCAGGGGGACGAAGCCUAGGCAGGGUGAGUCGCCAGGGCUUUCACCUCCAACCAGAGCAUCUGCCUCUCGGAGACCCUCCUUACCUGCCCCGCUACCUCGUUAAGGGCCCCAGGGCUCUCAUAGAGGAGACCUGCAGGCACCCAGGGAUCCAAGCUAGCUUUGGAGACCGAGCCUUGUGCACAGCGUCAUGGUCUGGGGCUCUCUUCCCUUUGGCUCACCCAGGACCCUAGGGGAGGAGGCUACAGCUGGGCGGCCAGGGCAGGGAGCAGCUGACCCUGUCAUAAAGCUGAUGGCUGCCGGCUGGUGGUUCACCCCUGGAGAGGGAGCCCUCCCCUCUGGGGUGUAGCGUGUUUUGGGGGAGCCUUUACGGCAGCUCUUUGGUGUGUCUGCAGUGGAACUGAAUUUAUUUUUUGUACUUUUAGGAAUUAACUUGCAGUUCUCAGCCUCUCCCUCCCCAGAAAGGAGAGAAGGAGAAAAGAAGAAAAGGUUUGCAUUGUCACCGUGAUUGGCACCGGCUGUGAACGAGGGGUCACUGCUUCAGGCUGCUCCUUUUCAAGCGCGCCUUUCUCCCCUGCACGCUGCAUUCACGAUAGAACAUUCUUUCUUUCAAAGCUUCUGUCUCUCUCUCCCCCGCCCUUUUUGCCUCUGCUUUCCUUCCUUCACUUUUGCCUUUCAUUCCCAGCUCUCGCCACCUCCCUCGGGCGUCACUCUUUCUCCCUUUUUUCCCCUUCUUCUUCUAUUCAGUUCCUUUUUUUUCCUCUUGCCUCUCUCUCUCUUUCAAAUUUCUUUUUUCUUUUUCCUUUUGAAUAGUGCUUCUGUUUUCAAGGGAAGAGAGCAGUAGAGAAGUGGGUUUAUUUGAGGAAGAGAGAAUGUGUUUUUUCUGCAUUGCUCUAAAUGUGCAAAAAAAAAAACAAAAACCUGUUGAAGACACUGUUUCUUUUAGGCUCCUGCUUUAAGAGGGAGGCAUAUUUGGGAGUCUCCACCAGCCGAGAGGGACCUGUUUGUCACACAGGAGUCCUGAGUGGGUCAGUGAACUAAGGCCUGGGGUGGGACUGGCAAGACCUAGACUUGGCCGUUGGAUGCUUCCCCUCUGCCUGGCCCAGCACGGGCUCCAGGUGAGGGUGACAGCAGAAGUGGAUGAGGUCCCAUGGCCUCCUCCCUCUGGCAGAGCCUGGGGUCGCCAUUUCCAGCCAAGGGGGCGAGGUGGCAUCCUUCCACACAAACAUGACGCAGGGGCUGGGUGUGAGGAAGGGGCCAGCCCACACCACACAAGCCGGACCCACGCUGAGCUGGACCUUCACCAAGUAAUGGGCCCACAGCCUUGGGUCUGGCAGCCUGUGUUGACACAUCCUGUGUGGUAGGGACGCACGUGUCCCGCGCGUCUGAGGGAUUUUUAAAUGUCACCUGGGAGCUACUGAGAAUAUUCACUCAGGUUUUCCUAAACUAUCCAAACAGAACAGCUUGGUUCUUUCCCUAUAGGCCUCUUUAUUUUUCUUUAAACCUGUGGAAACCGACCUCCUCUGAGAGCCGACACAGGCUUGUCAAUCAGGCAUGUGCGUGUGGCUAGUUAGCACAUUUACUUCACUUGUUGAGCCCCGGCUCCUCUCCUGUGCGCGUGGAUCUGAGGAUAGGCCGCAGCAGGGCCACCGGUCACUGUGGUCUGAGGCAGAAAGGUGGCCCUGCCUACUCCUGAAGCCUGUUUCAAUCUGUGUAGGCCGUGGCUCAAACCCCUGAGCUGUGUUAUGUCUCCACAUUACAAUCCUGGCUCCCUCCCUGCCAUUGCCUUUCUUCUUAGUCCACUGGCUGAACUCCUACACAACCUACAAAACCCUGCUCAAGUGCCACCUCCCCCUUGGAGUCCCCCACAUAGACUUAAUCACACCUCUCUUUAUCCAUCUUCUGGGACUAGUAUGUCACAGCUCUCACCUCACAAAGGUAAUCAUCUGUUUACUGUGGCUCCUGGAGGGCAGAGACUCUUGUCUUUAUCAUCUCUAACUCCCAGGAGAAUGAUGUGCUGUCCGUGUUGGCCAGGCAGAAAAGCCUUGCAAAACCUCAGUCACUCUAGAAUGACCUCGCAGCUUUAGCCUGGUCAGCUGGAACAGCAGAAAGAAGGAAGCUGGACAUGGUGGAUGGCUUCAGGGACACGAGACAGUGAUGGCUGACAGGUUUGCCAUCUAGGAACCGUUUCAGGCCUGGGUAGGUGAGGGCAGAAGCCAUACGAGGUGGUUUCUCCGAGGGAGCCCACUCAGCCAGGCCUGAGCUCAGGGGGCUGUGGGAUGCAGGAGGCCAGGGAGUGGGCCCAGGCAGAGGGUGGCAGCACGUGGCCUGUGAGCCCAGGGAGGGUGGCGUGGCUGCUGCCAGAGGAGGAGGAAGCCCAGCUCAAAGCUUCUGUGUUUGACAAAGGGCUGCCACCUUCUAGAGGACAGUUGAGUUCUGGUGGAGGGGACACAUGUCAUAGAACAGAGCUUGAGGAGGUGAUGGAGGAUGCAGAUCUGGCCCCAAUUCAGGGGGUGGAGAGAAAACAAACUGGACAUUGCCAGGGUGGCAGUGGGCCAUGGUGCAGGCAGGGAAACUUCGUGCAUGCAGGUUUUGAGCUGGAGGCCAGAGGGGGAAGCAACGAGCGGAGCAGGGCCCGGGUCUCUGCGGGAGGACCUGCCUGUGUGUCUGGGCACAUUUCUGCCCUGCACAAGGGGCACCUCGGGUUGCAGGCUGGAAGACCCUGAGUGCCUUCUCAGAGCACAGAAGAAAUGACUGCUCACACUCUGGGUCCCCCAGGGCUGCAGGGGAGAAAGCCUGUGGGGCUCCCGGCUAGCCAGGGUUCCCAGGGGCCCCAGGAAAAGCCAUGGUCUCUGGGGAGACACAGGGCUCCCUGCAGGAGGAAGUCACUUCUUGGAUUGAGGCCCGAGAGGUGAGUGGCCUGGGCUAUGUGAGAUGAAGGCUCCAUGCCCAGGUGUGCUGGCUCAUACCAUCAGGCCUGGAGGUGUGGCCGGCAGAACCCCAUGCCCUUGUUCCUGCACACCCGGCCCAUAGUAGGCACUUCGGAAUGUUUGCUGAAGUGUGAAUUGCACGUGUUGUUAGCAGAUGUAGAAUAUAGAAUGGAAACAGUGCAGCUCACAGCCAAGUGCUGUGUAAACUGUAAAGCCUCAUGCAAAGGGGAGCUCCAUCCCUGCCCCGCAGAGCACAGGGCCUCAGGGAAGGGGCCAUAUAUAACACCUGCUCCCCAGGAGGACGGUCUGGGCUCCAAAAGCCUUGGGGAAAAGACUGUCCUCCCUGUGGGUCUGGGUGACCAAGACAAAAUGAGCUGUGGGUAAAGGGAGCAGGAGUCUGCUUCUCUAGGGGCAUUUGGGAUUUGUGCUCCAGGAGAGGAAUUGAAGUGGCUUUGGGGCAGGCUCCAUAGAGAUUUGAGCCUGGGGUCAGGGGAGGAGGCACCACUGCUCUGCCUGGCCCCACCUGCUUCUCAGGAUCCUGCUGGCAACCCAGAAGCUGCCAGGGCAGGCCUGCCUGGCCAUCAGGUUUUUCCAGUUUGGACAAGACUAUCUCCUGACACCCACCCACAGCCGCCCUGGCCUAGAGAUGGAAAGGGGCUGGGUCUGAGUUUGUGAACAGGCUUUAGAGGCAGUGUGUUUCCGGGGUCCGUUUCCCGGGUGGCAAGGGACCUGGCAGUCAAUUCCCCCUUAAGAACUGGCACCAAGGAGUCCAGCUCCUCCAGUAAUUACUGUGUGGCCCCAGGCGAGCUGCCGAAUGUUAAUAAUAGCAGCAAACAACAUAGGCGUGCCAGGUUCUGCUUUCAGCACUUUACAUAUUUUAACUGGUAAGGCAGGUGCUCUUGGUACCGCCCACUUCAGUGAGGAGAAAGCGUCCUGCCGUUGGGAAGUGGCAGAGGACUGCAGGCCUUCCACUCUAGAGUCUGGAUCUAAACUUGUGCUUCAAAACCUGGUCGUUUUUGUUUUUUUUUUAACUUAUUUCUAAGCUUCACAGACUAAUACUAUCAGCUUGGCUCAGAUGUUACAAAGUUGCCAUGUUGUCACAUUGCUAUACAAGUCUUUUUUUUGUUAAUUUUUUGAGACAGAGUCUUGCUCUGCCUCCAGGCUGGAGUGGAGUGGCGUGAUCUUGGCUCACUGCAGCCUCCUCCUCCUGGGUUCAAGUGAUGCCUCAGCCUCUGAGUAGCUGGGACUACAGGUGCACACCACCACACCCAGCUAAUUUUUGUGUUUCUUUUUAGUAGAGGCAGUGUUUCACCAUGUUGGCCAGGCUGGUCUCAAACUCCUGAUCUCAAAUGAUCCACCCAUUUUGACAUCCCAAAAUUCUGGGAUUACAGGUGUGAGCCACUGUGCCCAGCCAAGUUUCUAAGGCUCCUCCAUGCUUGGAGGAGCAGUGCUCUAAAGCUAUUAACUGUUCUCUGCCUCAGUUUCCUUAUUUGUAAAACAGGGUGAUGGCACCAGUACCAGCCACAGGUUGCGAUCAGGACUAAAUGACACACUGCUGAAAGUCGGCCCAGGCUGGCAGUGUAACUCUCAGAUCCCAGGCUGGCACUGUGGCUCUCAGAUCCCAGGCUGGCAGUGUAACUCUCAGAUCCCAGGCUGGCACUGUGGCUCUCAGAUCCCAGGCUGGCAGUGUAACUCUCAGAUCCCAGGCUGGCACGGUGGCUCUCAGAUCCCAGGCUGGCAGUGUAACUCUCAGAUCCCAGGCUGGCACGGUGGCUCUCAGAUCCCAGGCUGGCUCUGUGGCUCUCAGAUCCCAGGCUGGCAGUGUAACUCUCAGAUCCCAGGCUGGCACUGUGGCUCUCAGAUCCAAGGCUGGCAUGGUGGCUCUCAGAUCCCUGGCUGGCACGGUGGCUCUCAGAUCCCUGGCUGGCACUAUAGCUCUCAGGGCCCAGGCUGGCACUGUAGGUCUCAGAUCCCAGGCUGGCACUGUAGGUCUGAGAUCCCAGGCAGGUACUGUAACUCUCAGAUCCCAGGCUGGCACUAUAGGUCUCAGGGCCUGGGUUGGCACCGUAACUCUCAGGGCCCAUGCUGGCAUCAUAACUCUCGGGGCUCAGACUGGCACUGGAACUCUCAGGGCAGCCAGCCAGUCUGUGAACAUCAGGUUUUGCCAUCAGGAAUAAGAGCCCACACAGGUGCUUCCCAUCCAGAUGCCAGUGCAGAACCUGGCAGGGAGCAUCCUAUGACUCCAUGCCUGGGAAGGGCUUUGUAAACUCUAGGGGGCUGUGGCUGUGUAAGUAGGCCUGCUCAUUCUCCUGCCCAGUCUGUCUUUCCGGAGGCUCCCAAGGGCAGGCCCUGAGUGCUUCGGAGACAGGACACAGCCCAGCAUCAGCACAGGGAGGAGGGCGCCUCUUGCCUCUGGGCUGUGCACGUGUGAGUGUAUGUGGGCUUCACACAAGAAGCUUCCUGGGCGUUUUGGUUUCAGGGGUUGGGGCCAGCACAGGGUCGCGGGGGCUCCCAUCUUGGACCCAGCCCUUCCUGCUGUGACCCAGCUGAGCUUCGUUUGUUUGCCAAGGAGUGGGUCAUUCCAGCUGGCAGGGAUGCACUGUAAAAUUUCAGAAAGGACUGACAAGACUUCUGGAGUCCCACAGCAGAUGCCUUCCUGCCUCUCCAGGGUCCUCCUGGGGUCCUGGGUCCCAAGGGACGCUCAUAGCCCCAUGGGCACUAGGGUUGAAACUGCCCAUUUCCUGGCAAGCCAGGGGCUCCCAUGUGGACCAAGAACUUGAGCUACAACUUUCCGUGGGACUGGGUCCAUUCCCAGCAUCUCUGUCCUUCCUUACACCUGAUUUCAUACUUUUUCCAAGUGUUCAUCCUCUCCCCACUCCUUAAUGGUACUUAGAUAUUUUUGGUGAUAGUAAGAACAUGCCAACUAUUUGGGGGCCCUGGGUGAGUCACAUUGUACGGGUACAUAUAUUGCCGCGUAAAAGUGAAAGCUGACCGUUUCUCAGAAGCCAGCCCCCAGCUCCAGGUAUAUCCCCUUGUAUGAUCUUAUUGUAUCUUCUCCAGCAUCCUAUGGGGGAGGCAGCUGUUAUCCCCAUUGUACAGUUGAGAAAACAGUGGUCCUGAGAGAUGAAGCAACUUGCCCAACACAAUACAGUGUGAGGUGGCCAGGUCGAUUGUAGAGCUUCCUGUGGCUGAGGGCCCCACCCUGCCUCCAUGGCCCGCCCUGAGGGGCGGAAGCCCUCACACCACGAGUCACAGCCAGCCAUUAGCUUGUUUUAUAAUUGCCCCUCUCCUAAAGCCACUAAUUUUGCCCUGGGUCACACAUGCAUUUGAAUUCCAGCAUCUGGGACACGUGGCUGAGCCCACCACCCUGCACACAGGGCUUCCAAGCUCCUACGGGUCAUCCUCUGUGGUCCAGGUUGAAGAGGAAACUCAUUCCUGCUCUAGGCUGAGCUGACCACCUUGGGCACCCUCUCCUCCGAUAUCCAAGUUCUGUCUUUGAGACCCUCUUCCGUCUCUCCUGCCCAGUCCCCACUGUCUUCCAGUUCUUCUCCCACCUCUACCCUGCAACCAACAGGCCACCUUGGCCUCCUCCUCCAUGAGCUCAUGGUCAUGUGCAGACCCAGCAGCUCCUGGCUGGGAAAGCCAUCAUGUGGCUUCUGCCUUCUCUGUACCUCGAAUCUGAGGCGUGCAUCUCCCCCUGCAGCUGGACUGCAGGAUCAGGUGUGGGUCCCCGAGCUUCCAAUCCUCGCAUAGGUCCUACCUCUUGGCUCACUGGAUGAAAGUCUCAUUGUUAGAGGACUGAGGAAGGUGUGGCUUUGCACGCUGCCCCUGCCUGCCUCUGAUGAUAGCCUGUGUGGAUGGCCGCAUGUGUCUGAUGUCUGCGUGUGUACACUAUCAGCUGAUAUGUUGCACCAGCUGUCCCUCCCCCCGGGAGAUACACGAAGGCAUUACGUGAAUGAGAGAGGCAUUCUUUACUCCUCCUGGCAUAAAUCCGUACUCGAGCUGGGUGUGUGGGUGACUGCAAAAUAAAUGUUGAUUACAACAGUGGCUUUGGGAGGCAGCCACCGCCAGGGGCUCUGCUGGCAUGCAGGCUCAGGGAAGUCGUAACACUGCCGUAGCAAGGAAGAGGGCUUUGGCCGCACCCUUGGCCUGCCCUCAGACCUCGCACCUUCCCUACCUGCUGCGCUUCUGCCUUCUUUCCCUUCCCUUCUCUGUCCCGAGCCUCCAGCCUGGGCAGGCCCUCAUCUUUGGCAGGGUCUAUUGGGGGAAGGGGUCUUCCUAACCAGCUUCUCCCCCGGGUAGGCAUCCCCAGGCCCCUCCACUCAACCAAACGCCAUAGAUUAUCCUCAUUUGUCUAACUGGUCAGUGAAACCCCCUAAUAACCCCAGGAAGUGAGAACCAUCAUCCCAUGCCACAGACGAGGAGACCGAGGUGUGAGUGAUGGGGCCAGACUGCAGCCCAUGCCCCUAAUUUAUCACCUCCAUAUAAACAGGAAUAUUUAUAUGGAAGAACAUUCCUGAUCCCUUAAGUUUGUUUUUCUUGUUUUUGUUCUUUUGAGAUAGAGUCUCCCUCUGUCACCCAGGCUGGAGUGCAGUGGCACAAUCUUGGCUCACUGCAAUGUCCGCCUCCCAGGUCAAGGUCAAGAGAUUCUCCUGCCUCAGCCUCUCAAGUAGCUGGGAUUACCAACUAAUUUUUGUAUUUUUAAUAGAGACGGAGUUUCAGCCUGUUGGUCAGGCUGAUCUCGAACUCCUGACCUCGUGAUCCGCCUGCCUCAGCCUUCCAAAGUGCUGGGAUUACAGGCGUGAGCCACCACACCUGGCCUAUCUUCGUUUUUUUUUUAAAAGUACAUUUAUUUAAUGCUUAUUUCCCAUCUGGUAUUUUGCACCAGUAUUUUGUGGUUCUUAAUCAUGUUUCUAACCAAAUCAUGAGGUCCUGAGACUGGGGAUCUUUGUGCCCUGCCAGCACCCAGCACCAGCCUGGCCAGAUGACAGGAACGAUAAUAAUAGCAAUCGCACAGCUGGGCGUAGUGGCUCACGCCCGUCAUCCCAGCACUUUGGGAGUCCAAGGCAGGUGGAUCACCUGAGGUCAGGAGUCCGAGACCAGUCUGGCCAACAUGGUGAAAGCCUAUCUCUACUAAAAAUACAAAAAAGCUAGCCAGGCGUGUUGGCAGGCGCUUGUAAUUCCAGCUACUUGGGAGGCCAAGGAAGAAGCAUCACUUGAACUCUGGAAGCAGAGGUUGCAGUGAGCCAAGUUCGCGCCACUGCACUCCAGUCUAGGUGGAGAGUGACUCUUUUUUUGAGGCAGAGACUCUGCCUCAAAAAAAAAGUAAUAAUUAUUAUGUCUCCCUGGGACAGCCUGUCUCUUAACGCCUGGUCCAUAAUGUGAGCUCAGUAAAUGAUGGCUAAAAAGCAAUUAGAAGGAGCUGGCAAGGUUUCAUUCUGCCUUAAACUAGGGGCACAGAGAGACAUGGGUGGGAAAGGCCAUGAGUUUUGCUUCCUUUACUCAGAGGCAGUUCAGGAACAUGGCGGGGUGAAUUUGGAGGAUUGGUGAAUGUCACCGUCCUGUUUAGAGUGUGGGAGCUGGCCCUCUGAGCAUUUGCUGGGUGCCUCGGCCUGGGGCUGGCUCCUGCUUCUCAUUCACAUGGCGUAAGGUAGGGCCUGAAGAGGCAGCCUGGGGCAGUGAAUGGUUGGGUUUCCCUGGACAGCAGUGAAUUCCUUUUUUUUUUUUGAGACACAAUCUCACUGUCACCCGGGCUGGAGUGCAGUGGUGUGAUCAUGGCCCCCUGCAGCCUCGACCUCCCAGACUCAAGCCAUCCUUCCACUUCAGCCUCCAAGUAGUUGGUACUACAGGCGCGUGCCUUCAUAGCUGGUUAAUAUUUUGUAGAGAUGGGAUUUCACAAUGUUGCCCAGGCUGGUCUUGAACUUCUAGGCUCAAGUGACCCUCCCACCUUGGCCUCCCAAAGUGCCAGGAUUAUAGGUGUGAGCCACUGCUCCAGUCAGCAGUGAAUUCCUACCUGGGGCCAGUCAUGGGGGAUUUCUGCACCUGGCUCGCCCCCUGCGCUAGGUCCUGCCCAUGCUUCAUCCUGAGGGGGGCUCCUGCUUCUCCCCUACCCUGACCUCGGGAGCAGGGCCAGGCUCUCUGAGAUGCCCCCUCCUCCCAGGGAGCACCCCACACACACUUCCCGCCCAUGUGUUUCUUCCUCCCUUCCCUAGGUCAAUAGAGAAGCUUCCCUGUGGCAGGCAGGGGUCCAUUCUGGGGUUUGUCUCCUCCCUCCUGGCCACUGUGGGGAGUCUGAACGCUGGAGAUGACCUGAGAGAGAGAAGGCCGGGACUGAACUGGAGAAGCCCUGGCUGAUGGAAUGGGGUUUCUUUUUCCCUCCUUUCUUCCUUCUCUUCUUUUUUAUGUUUAAGCAAGAGAUAAAUAAAUGUGGCCCUGAGAUGACAAGAGAACACUGAAGGAGAUGAAAGGAGAGUAAAAGGGAGCGAGAGAGCAGAGGCAAAGGACAGAGGGGGAUUUGGACUGUGCACCGAGAUGAGGGGAGAGAUGAAAGGGGGAAGAAAGAGAUGAGAUGGGAACGCAGGACGGAAUGGCAGAGCAGAGGAUAGGGUUGCCACGGAAACCGAAGGAGGGGAGGAAUGGAGGGAGAGGAAGACGGGAUGGAGAAGGUAGAGGACUCAGUGCAGGAGGGGUGUGAGGCCAGGCUUGGUGAGGAGGAAGGGAAGCCACGAGGGGAUCCCAGGUGUGAAUUAGGCCCGGGUGUGGGAAAACAGGUUGGCAAGGGAGGAAGACACCUCCAGAAAGCCCAUCCCUGUGGAGAGCUGAGGCGGAGAGAGCUGGGUCUCCGCCCUGGGCCAACUCACUGGGGCCUGCUCCACCUGCCUGCAGGAGACUGCCUCAGUUUCCACGCCUAUAAAAUGGAAAUGGUACACCCCAUCCCAGAGGACUGCCCCGAGGACUAGAAAUGGUGUGCUUUCAUCACAGGGCCUGAUGAGGUUCAAGCCCACUGAAUGGGCCUACUGCGACUUCCUUUGAUUCUUAUCUUUGUGCCCUUGAACCUGUGAGCUGAGUUUUGUCUGUUUUCCCUGUUACAUGAAGCUGGUGGUAUCUGGGUCCAGGAGAGUGUACUUGUUGCUUGUUUGGGGGAAAGACGUGGAACCUUCUGGAAACAUGAGGCCUGUUGUCCCUCCCCCUCAGAACAGGAACUGGUCCUGAAACUUAGGGAAAGGAGGUAGGCAGGGUCUGUUUGGCCGCUGUCCAGAGCUGGGCUCAGCCAGGGACCUCUUUUUUCUUUGCACUUGAAUAUGGGUAUUCUGAAAAGGGCAGCAGUUGAUUCUACCUGUGUACCUCUGCGAGGGGCGCAGUGAGCAGACCAGCAUGGUCUCUGCCCUGGGAGGGUAUCGUCAAACUGGGAUGCCAGAAUAACUGGGAUGGUAGCUAUUAGGGAAGUAAUUGUACAAAUAAAUCAUUAACAAAUCAUUAAAAGUUACAAUAAGGUCCAGGAAGAAAAGGUGUGAACCUGGAGACAGCUCAGAACCUGGGAUCCAGACCUGGUUGGGUGGUGCAGGGGUCAGGGCAAGCUUCCUGAGGAAGUGAUACCUGGGCUGAAAGCCGAAGGGAGAGGAAUGAGGAAGAACAUUCCAGGUAGGGGACACCAUGUGAGGAGGCCAUGUGUGGACGAGGUCUACUAAAGAAUGUGUGUGAAGUCUGUGUGGCUUCCCAUGGAGGGAGGGGACAGCAGCAUGCCGUGCACUUGUCCUGGGGGCAGGGAGCAACCAGGCACGCUCUGGAGGCCCUUGGUGAGAUGUUUGGGCUUGAUUGCAAGAGCAGUGGGAGGUGACUGGGAGCUGGAGCAGGGUGGGCUGUCGUGGCUGACUGGUUCAAGCACAAGGCUUGCUUCUCCCUUGACCAGCUGUCAGCAUUCUAGGGCAAGGAGCAGCCACGUGGCAGAACUCUUGAGAGCUGCGGGCAAAUUCCUUGCCCCCUACAACCCUCUGUGCCCACCUUCACAGCCCCCAGACAGUGGAAGGCGAUCAUCCUGGUGGGAGAACCUGAGUUGGGGGGUGACCCCCAUGUUUGACAUGGAUGGAAGGAAACACGAGGAGUCAAGAGCUCCACAGGCGCGGUGGCUCAUGCCUGUAAUGUCAGCUCUGUGGGUGGCCAACACCUGAGGUCAGGAGUUCACCUGAGGUAGGAUCACCUGAGGUCAGGAGUUCAAGACCAGCCUGGCCAACAUGGCAAAACCCCACCUCUACUAAAAAAUACAAAAAUUAGUCAGGCAUGGUGGCGUGCACCUGUAGUCUCAGCUACUCGGGAGGCUGAGGUGAGAGAAUUGCUUGAACCAAGGAGGUGGAGGUUGCAGUGAGCCAAGAUCACACCACUGCACUCCAGCCUGGGAAACAGGAACAAAAAUCGAGAGCUCCAGAUGAGUCCUCACUGAGGGUCAGGGGCCUUGGGGUCUUGGUUUCCUUAUCUGUAAAAUGAUGGCAUUGGACAGGAGGGUUCCCAAAGUUCCUUUCCUUUCAAUCCUGCUGGUGAAGAUUCCAAGACCCACAGCCAAAGUGGCUGAAGCCAAGGGUCUCCAGCAAGGCUACCAUCCCACUACGGGGGAGCUAGGCGCCCCUCCCUUGCACUAAAGAAACACACAUGCAUUCACUGGCCAUGUGAGCUGCCAGGUGGGAGGAUUAGGCCCAUGGUUUCUGGGAGCCUGUUGACUUCUGAUCAUAGGUGGUGCAUUACUCCUAUGCUUGGCAUCAAAGAGAAGCUACAUGUGCUUUUACGCAGCUGUGCAGGCAGCUUAGCAUUUGCCACAGUGAUUUGUGCAGCCGAUGCCCUGUUAGCUUCAGCAGCCUCGUGUCUAUAGGAACCAGAGGCCACCCAACUCACUUCAGGGCUAAGGGGCUUGAUUGCCAGCGAGGGUCCCCCAGGCUAGGGGCAGGGACGGGGCACCAUCCAGAAUCCAGGUGCCUUCUGGGGCCAGUGCUCCCUCAGGUUCUCCUCUGACAGCCACCUUGCCACCCCUGCUCAUCCAGGCUCUCUGCGCCUUUGGGUUUUGGCCUUUCUCUCCUUCGUGUGUUCUUUGAGCAUUUGCUCUUGUGGCUGAUGGACUGAGGUUGAGGCAUUGCCGUGCUUCCAAGAGAGGAAACUGUGUGGCUCAAGUUCUUUCAGGGGGUGGGGAGGGCCAGGCCAUAGGUCUGGGCUCAGCUUCUUCAUGAACCGCCCUAGAUGGUGGGGGUAUGCUGUGCUUGGAGGUCUAGGGCUGGGAGAUGAGCAGCUGCCAUUCGGGGAGGGCGAGGAAAGCACCCAGUGUGUGAGGGCCUCCCCUCCCACUUGAUUCACCAGGCAAGGCCAGGUCAGUGAGCAUGCGUCAACUCUUGCUAAUUAACUUGGAGAGGUCGGGUGCAGUGGCUCAUGCCUAUAAUCCCAGCACUUUGGGAGGCCAAGGUAGGUGGAUCACUUGAGCCCAGGAGUUCGAGACCAGCCUGGCCAACACGGUGAAACCCCUCUCUACUAAAAAUUCCAAAAAUUAGCUGGGCAUGGUGGUGCACUACUGUAGUCCCAGCUACUCGAGAAGCUGAGGCACGAGAAUCACUUGAACCCAAAAGGUGGAGGUUGCAAUGAGCUGAGAUGGUGCCACGGCACUCAAGCCUGGGUAACAGAGCAAAACUAAAUAAGAAUAAUAAUAAUUUAGAGAAUCAGAAUCACUUGAGAAGCCUUUAGAUUUUCUAUGUCCAGGCCCUGAACCCAGAGAGUCUCAUUUAACUGGUCCAGAGUGAGACCAAGUAUUGGCAUCUAAUCAAACGAUGCCAAUUCGGGAGUUCUUUGGACCCAGGGUUUGUGUCUUCACAAGAGUUUGUGCCUCAGACGUCACCUCAUCAGAGUCCCUGCCUCGCCGUGGGGGCUCCACCCCUCAUUUCCUUGGGCUUUAGGGUCUCUGUGACCGCUUGGAGGAGGGAAACCUCACACAGUGGCCACCCCGUGGCAGUCAGGCCCACCUUAGCCCUGGGCUUGUGGAAGCAGAGGCGUGGCAGAGGAGCACUGGGCCUGGGGGAUGGCUCAAGAGCAUGGGUUGUCAGAGAAGGCCCCGUGGGAGGGGCUCUCUCGCCUGGGAGGGCAUCAGGUGAGAAAACGCACUUGGAGUGGGGAGGGCCUUCCGGCUUGAUUCACCAGGCAACGCCAGGUCACUGACAGUGUGCGUCUGCUCUUGCUAAUUAAUUUGGAGAGGCCCUUCCCUAUGCUGCCUGGAGACCACCCCAAGGAGAAGGCAGGACUGUCCUGGGAGGGAAGGGUGCAGAACUCUCAGGUGAGGGCUUCCCUCUCCAUCUCACUUACUGCAUUCAGUCUUGGUCCCUGGGUGACUGUCAGCUUCCUUCUCUUCCCUUUUCUGUACCCUGGUGUCUUUCUCUUGAGACACUUCCCCCACUGGCCCCUCUCUUCCCCUGCAGUUGCUGUCCUCUAGAGGUGGGUCUAGCUGUGUUGGGGGGGGAGGUGACUCACAAACAGUUAUGAAUCAGUGUGAUCAUAUCAGUCAGGGUUCUAGAGAGAAACAGAGUCAGUAGGAAGUACAGUAUCUAUAUACACACACAUAUAUGGAGAGGUCUCUUUUAAGGCAUUGGCUCCUGUGAUUGUGAGGGCUGGCAAGUCCAAAAUCUCUAGGGCAGAUGGUGGCAGGGCAAGGCAGGAACUCAGACAGGAUUCUUAUGUUACAGUCUUGAGUGAGGCAGAAUUCUUUUUCUGGGAAACCUCAACGUUUGCCCUUAAGGCCUUCAACUGAUUGGAUGAGGCCUACCCACAUUAUGGAGGGUCAUCUGCUUUUCUUAAAGUCAACCGAUUGUAAAUGUGAGUCACAUCUACAAGGUACCCUCACACCAACAUUUAGAUUAGUGUUUAACCACACAGCCGGUCACCACAGCUUAGCCAAGAUGAGGCUUAAGAUUGACUAUCAUGGUGAUGGUCUCAGGCUGUCCUGCCCUAGUGCACUUCAGGGAAGGCAGAGCCUGCACUAAAUCCUCAAAGAUGAUGGAAAUUCACCCAGUUCGAGGGAAGGGCCUUCCUGGCAGGGGGUCAGCCUAUGCAGAGGCCCCAAGGUAGGAAGCAUGGGUGAGUGGAGGGCACAGGGGCAGUGGAGCCUGCCUGGGAGCCAUCCUGGGCAGCAAAUGAAGGCCUGGGCAGUGCAUCCCAACCACCAAAAGGCUGUGGGGGCUGCGGGGCUGGAGACCUGCAUUCUAGUCCUUGCCUCCCCACCAUCUCACCUUGUGACCCUGGACCGUUCCCUUCCCCUCCCUGGGCCUCCAUUUCCUUAUCUGUUAUCAGGGCCAGGCAGGGUGCGCAUCAGGCUGUGGUUUGUGGAUCGGUGGCCCUGUGUCAGGGCCCCUCGCCACUCUGAGUCCCAGAGGUAGGACUCAAUGACUCUGUCCACAAAGAAAGGGGAAGCAAGGCAGAGAGAGGAUCCCAGGAGGAAGAGACUUGCUGGCGUCCCCUGCCCCUCCCCUGUGCUGGCAGCCACUCCUGGGCCUCUGGCUACUGAGGCCUGUGGGCUGGCAGAAGUGAGACUGGCCAGGGGCCUCUCGAGGUGCGCAUAGGCCUCCCAGCUCUCACUUCCUCUUCCCUUCUGCGCAUGUGAGCAGAGUUUCCCUUGAAGCCUCCUGCGGAGAGGACCACAGGGAAACCAAGAGGCUGGUUUCUCAUGCGGCGAAAUCCCAGGCGUGUUUUUCAUGGCCAUGCACGUGCCUGGAACUUCCGCCUCCCCUCCCACCAGGUUACGUGUCCGCCCACUCCAGGUUCAGCCUCACCCGCCCAGGGCCCUGGACUCCCAGGGGUAAAGGGCCCAGAGCCACAUCCUAGAGGGCUUGAAUGCCAGGCUCAGGGUGAAGGGCCCCCUCCCCGCUCUUGCUCUGUUGGGUCCUGACCUGCCUCCAUGGGUUCCAGCCCUCAGUCCUGUCCCCACCCAACCCCAGUGCGGCAGCCCCCACUGCCCAGAGACCCUGGUGCUUCAAGUGGACUGAGUUCACGCGAGUCAACUCCCCAAGAGUGAGAACUUUAAUUUGCUCCCUAUACCCACAAUCGAGCACCUAAUAGAUGCUCAGUAAAUGUGCAUUAAGUCAGUGGCUCAGGCCUGGCACAGUAGCUCAGGCCUGUCAUCCAGCAAUUUGGGAGGCCAAGGUGGGAGGAUUGCUUAACCCCAGAAGUUCAAGAUCAGCCUGGGCAAUUUAGCAAGACUACCUCUACAGAAACAAUGCACUCCAGCCUGGGCCACAGAGAAGACCCAUCUCUUAAAUAAAUCAGGCCAGGCGUGGGGCUCAUGCCUGUAAUCCCAGCACUUUGGGAGGCUGAGGCAGGUGGAUCACCUGAGGUGAUGAGUUUGAGACCAGCCUGGCCAACAUGGCAAAACGUCGUCUAUAUUAAAAAUAUAAAAAAUGAGCCUGGCAUGGUGGUGGGCUCCUGUAAUCCCAGCUACUUGGGAGGCUGAGGAAGGAGAAUUGCUUGAACCCGGGAGGCAGAGGUUGUAGUGAGCUGAGAUGGCACCAUUGCACUCCAGCCUGGGCGACAGAACAAGACUCUGUCUCAAAAAAUAGAUAAAUAAAUAAAAAGUCAGAGGUUCAGCUGCAGGACAGGAGACUGUAGUCUCUGAGCAACCUGGUGAUUCAAGGCCGAGUGAGGGAGCCAGCAGCCAAGCCUGUCCUUCCAGCGUGAGCUCGAGGCACUGCUGAGGCCGCCUCAGAGAGUAGGGCUUACUGGGCCCUCGGGACACAGUCCUCAAAUUACACUGAUGGGGUGCUUGGUGACGGCCCAAGCCUGAACUGGCAGAAGCCCCAGACCUCUGUCUGUUGGGUUUUUUUUUUCUUUAUACUUUAUACUUUUUUUUGAGACAGGUUUUCACUCCUGUCGUCCAGGGUGGACGUGCAGUGGUACGAUCUUGGCUCACUGCAACCUCCGCCCCGCCUCCGCGCCCCCACCCCCCCAACCGGGCUCAAGUAAUUCUCCUGCCUCAGCCUCCCAAAUAUCUGGGGCUACAGGUGCGCCGCCACACCUAGCUAAUUUUUGUAUUUUUUCAGAGACGAGAGCUUGUCAUGUUACCCAGGUUGGUCAUAAACUCUUGAGCUCAAGUGAUUCACCUGCCUCAGCCUCUCCCAGUGCUGGGAUUCCAGGUGUGAGCCACCAAACCUGCCUUCAGUUGGUGUUUGAGGUCUCCCCGGGUUUGGGAGUUAGUCAAAAAUUACCUAGGUGACCACAAGGUCCUGUUGGUUCUUCCUUCAAAAUGGCUUCUGUUGCACCAGACCAGGCUUUGGGUGUCUUCACCCCCUCUCUGCCCUGAGAUGUGUGUCCCAGGGGAUACCAACCACCCUGAUCCCACCAGCCCCUCCCCUGCUCCUGGAGUGGAGGUGUGAUGGGGUCCCCAUGAGAGGAAAGGGGUGCUGUUGUGAGCAGUGUGGGAUGAGAGGGGGUGCUGUCACAGCUUGGGGAAGGGACCCUGGUCUCAGGCAGGUGGGUCAAGAGUUCAUGGGCCUCCACAGUCCAGGUAGGUUCUUGUGCCCAUUUUACAGAUGAGGAAACAAAGACACAUAGAGGAGCCAGGUGACUUGCCGCCCAGACUUUACAGGAUUUGUGGGGCAAAGCCAGAGAUGACAGUGAGAGAUUCAGAGCUCUUAGGAGCCUGGUCCCUGCUGGGGUGGGGAAGGUCCCCUGCCUGGCCUCAGACCAUGAAUCUUUGUUCCCUCCCCAGGGGCAGGCUGGGCCCUGAGGCCUGGGAGGUGGAGGUGCCCAGCUCUGGGAAAUAGGGCAGCCCUGGGCCUUGUGUCACUGCACGCCCCUCCCCCUCCCGCCUUUGUUUCUCUCCACAGCUUCAUUCUCUUUCCCUCCCCUCACUCAGGCUCCUCCUCCUGCCUUCUCUGUCUCUUCAUUUCUUUUCUCUCCCUCUCCCAUUCUUUCUCUCUCUCUCUCCCGGAUAUGGCCUCCCUUCCCUGUCUCCCAGCACAGCUACUGUCAGGCAGCUCCUCUGUGUCUCCAUUUCCCCGCCUUUCACACUGAUGUUCUUCCCACCCUGGGGACCGAGGGCACCCUGAGGAGGCCCUGCCACAUCUCAACUGGCGGGCGCCUCUCCUCUCCCCAGCCUGGGGCAGUCUGAGCUCCCCUUUCUCCUGGACAUGGGGGGAGCUUUUGUUCUGAGUCCUCAGCACAAGUGGUGGGAGAGGCCCUGCUCUGAGAAGGGAGGGCCACCAUGGGGCCCCAGGCGGAUGACAGAGGGGCCUGGGGUGGGUGGGGGCAGCCCUGGCACACAGGUGACACACACCUGGCAAGCUCUGUUCCUGCCCUGGACAGCCCAUGCCAGGACAUAAACAGAAAUGCUUAGCUAGGGAGGUGGAAACAGAGCAGGUGAGGAGACACUAGUCAAAAUGCCGGCCCAGGAGGAGGAAUAGCAGAGCAAUGUCGGGCUCCCCACUCCUCAUUUCCGUGUGUGAUAGGCAGGCAGAACACACAUGCGAAACGCAGGUGAAUUACAUUCCCUGCCCAGCUGAGCCCCUUCCACAUACACGCAGGCGUGCACACACACAGAGCCUGCCUGGUGGCCCUGGGAACAGCACAGCAUGGACGCAGGGCCUGGCCCUGUGAGCCCACGGGGCGAGCUCUUAGAGGGUCAAGCCAAGAGUCCAGGAAGAAAGCAGUGGCUCAAUGAAGACUCCCAAUAGAUGGAAAGACCCCGGUUCCCCCAGCUGGCUUGGGCUCUGCACCAGCCAGCCAGGAAGCAGUUUGCCCAGGCCUUGCCAAUGUCCCCCUGCUGGCCCCUGGUGACCCAGGACAGCUCCUGAGAACUGAGGAGGCCGGGCUCAGAUGUGGCCGGGCUCCACAUUCGGGAGCACAGAUGGGGCCCCCCUGUGGGACCAGACAGGCUUGGCUGCAGACCCAGCUCUCCCUCCAUCAAUGAGAGGUGUUUCUAGUAUUCAGUGGCCCACCGGGGACCUGGCGAGUCUCUGUAAGGAGAGGCUGUAUCUCUUCCACGGAGUCUGUGGUCAGUCGCUGGCACCUCUCUAUGCCCCUACCCUGCCCCCACUUCAGCAGAAACCCUCAAGAGGACGGACUCUGUGCUAGCCCCUUUCCACAGCCAAGCCCAGGCUUCUGACACUGACGUACCUUCUCAAGUCCAAACUACCUGUUCCUGUGGGAGGGGUUUGCCUCUGGUGUCCUGGUGUGACUGUAAGGAGUGGCCCCUGGUAGAAGGGGCCCGUGUGGACGGUCAGCUCCAUGUUUACCCUCACUGUGGGGACCCAAACUUGAGCUCCCACUGGCAGUCGUUGGCUGAUGUUUUUGCCCUCUCCUUUCCUCUCUGGCAGUGUUAACUGUUUCCUUGUGCCCACGCCCUUGAGGAUGGGAGGAGGGGCUGAUGCCUGGUGUUGGGAAAAGGAGAGGGGAGGAAACUAACUACAUGGACAUCCUCAUCUCACUGUCCCGUGAGUCAGGAGCCCCCAUAGAGAUGAGAAUCACCUGAGGUCACACGGCUAGUAGAUGGCAGAGCCUGGAUUGAACUCAGCAUCCGGGGCCCAGGGGGAAGCACUGGCUUUGCCAUCCAUGCUCAGUUCCUCCUUUUCUCUGGUCCUGCCUUUGGGGAAGUUUGCAAAAACUGCUGAACACAUCAUUUACCCAAACCCCACAACGCCGCCGGGUGCUGCGUCAGACAGCCAGCCAGGACAGGAGGCAGCCACGCUCCCCAGCUUGCUCCCCAAAACUGACAGCGGCUGGAGGGCGCUGGGGGAGGCUGUGGUGCGCCCUGCCCCAUUCCCCUUGAUGUGUCCAAGCAGGAGCCCUGGCCGGUAACAGGGACUGAGCAGCUAUUUGUUGUAUAAAUGAACAAAUGAGUUCUGUCUCUCAUGGUUGUCCUCACAAUCACUUAAGAUUUGCUGAAUUUGGGGCCCAAGAAUGGAAACAUCUCUUGGCUCUGUGGCUUUUUUCAGAAAAGGCUUCCCCCAGAGAUCUGGGCAGAUAAUAGUGGUUCCUCUUUUUGUUUUUGUUUUGGUUUUUUUUUUUGAGACGGAGUCCCACUGCAACCUCAGCCUCCCAAGCAGCUGGGAUUACAGGCGCCUGCCACCACACCCAGCUAAUUUUUAUAUUUUUAGUAGAGACAGGGUUUCACCAUAUUGGCCAGGCUGGUCUCGAACUCCUGACCUCAAGUAAUCCGCCCUCCUUGGCCUCCCAAAGCGCAUGAGCCACCACACCCAGCCAAUAGUGAUUAACAGUUGGUUAGGUCCUUAUAAUGAACCAAGCUGCUUCAUUUGUGUCAGGACCCUGGGCUCUCAACCCUUCCAGGGUAAAUGUUUUCAUCCCGGUUUCUCAGAUGGGGAAACUGAGCCACUUGGUGUGACUUUGUUUAGUCACUUGCAGGUGACUGAGCUGGGACUCGAGGUCCUUGCUAACUGCAUUUCCCAGCAGCUGGACACUGGGCUGGGGCAUGAUUUGGAAACAGGUUUAGUACCCCAGCCUAUUCCAGAUGCACCCUGACCCCCAGGCCAAGGUUUCCUUCCAUCUGAUCCCUUCCAUGAGAGCCUCAUUCUAAGCUUAAUAGUUUAAUCUUUGGUGUCCAUUUCAAGGAGGCUAAAUUCCUGUCUGGGGUAUUUUUAGCCGUCCUCAGGAAGGGGAAGCUCCACUGGGCACUGGGGGAGGGGACGCCUUGCCCGAAGCCGGUUUCCUGAGGAAGGGCUGCCGAACGUGUGCUUGACCGUGGCCCUGGGAGAAGCUGGUAGUUGGUCAGUUGGGAGCCCUGGGAGCAGAGCAGGCGAGGCAGGCGAGAGUCACCCUGAUAAUGCCAUCCCGCCUCCUCUGAUAUGCCAGGUGCUGAACCCGGGGCAAGGGAUACAGGUCCGAGAGGAGACCGCCACCCCCCACGGGUACACUGCCUGGCACGCUGCAGUCCUGGGAAGGCUGGAGAGGGCUCGAGGGCAGGCCGGGAGAGCUGGCAAGGCCCCAGAGCAGGUGGACCUCAAGCAAUGCCUGGGAGGCUGGUGGGCGGAGCAAGGGUCAGUGGGGUUCAGAAAAGGGCGCCCCCAGUAGGAAGACUCUUGGGUGCACAGACCGGGCUCCACAGAGCAGGUGCUUGCUCUGUGGCUGGAGCCCCAGCAAGGGAAGAGGCCAUAGGCUGGGGGUUUGUACCUGGGCAGGUGGGCACAUUAGCACUAUUCAGAGGGAUGUGUUCAGGAUAGGCACAGAGGCUCAUGUACGUAAUCCUAACACUUUGGGAGGCAGAGGCAGGAGGAUCACUUGAGUGCUGGAGGUUGAGGCUGCAGUAAGCCAUGAUUGUGUCAUAGUAGCCUGGGCAGCAGAGCCAGACCCGAUUUCUAAACAAAAAAUGAAAAACACCUGUUAGAUGAGAGCCAGGAUGUGAAGCUGGGAGCCGCUUUGAGCACUGAAUUCAGAUAGUGGUCUCAGACAUGGUGGCUUUCAAGGACCCCUUCUCUCCAAUCACAUCUGACAUGGAACUCCAACGUAGAAAUCAGAUACAAGUGGUAUUCUUUUAUCAGUAUAAAUUUAGAUAUUUAAAUGUAUAACAUUUAGCUAAUCAAGGAAAACAACCACCAGUUGUGAUAGACGCAGAUGUUUAGCAUCGGGGCUGACAAGUGAGCAGUGUUUGAGAUCGGCCUCAGCACCUAAUUUAUUUUUUUAUGUGUUAGAAGGUAGCACAUAGAACAUUUGAGUAGGUGAGCCUUUUAAAAUCAGUUUUUAAAUAGUAGACUCUUUAUUUUUUGUAUUUUUCAAUCCGAUUUUUAAGGAAUUCUUUUUUUUUUUGAGAUAGAGUCUCAUUCGGUUGCCCAGGUUGGAGUACAGUGGCUUGAUCUCCGCUCACUGCAAACUCUGCCUCCUGGUUUCAAGCGAUUCUCCUGCCUCAGCCUGCUAUAGCUAGGACUACAGGCAUGCACCACCACACCCGAGUAAUUUUGUAUUUUUAGUAGAGACGGGGUUUUACCAUGUUGGCCAGGCUGGUCUUGAACUCCCGAACUCAGGUAAUCUGCCUGCCUCAGCCUCCCAAAGUGCCACUGCACCCAGACUUUUUAAGGAAUUCUUGAAGGACCUGUAGAACACGGUUUGAGAACCACCGAGGAAAUCCCACCUCCCUGUUGUACAGAUGGGAAGACUGAGGUCAGCAAGGGGCAGAGCUUACCCAGGAUCCCCCAGGGAGAUGGAGGAGUUGGUCAGAUACACAGCGGGAAUCAAUCAUGGCUCCCUGUAAUUACAAGUGUGCCCUGUUCCCAAGGCAAGAGUAGAAAAGACUUCAAGUCCAGACACACCCGAAAACGGCUAAGCCCUGGUCCAUGCUGAAUGUGCCUGCUGUCUGUUCCCACGGCACUGAGCCAACAAUAUUAACACUCGUUUCUCC